UCUCCUCCACACAUCCUCCCCUCCCGCUCUCCUCUCCUCUCCGCACUACACGCUUCGUCUCUUCUCUUCUCCACUUCGCACUAAACUCUAUUCGCAUCGUCCCUCGCCUCUGGAUACAGUGUUUGGUGGAUUUUGUGCAGAGCUGGCUGUGUGCUCCCGUUCCUCGGAGACCACACUGUAAAGGAUGGUCGGUCAGCACAAGUGCUGGGACGCUUUUCUCCUCCCGGUGCCAACCUUCUAAUCGCUCCGGGGCCAAAUAAACCGCGCUGACUGAGAAAUUUGUUCACCUCCCCUUCUUUUUUCUCCCUCUGAUAUGCAAUGACCGCGCGCAGAUGGAGGUGACGCUCUGCAGAAUUGAUGCCAAAUAGUAAACAAGUGCAAUCUGCGCGUAAGGAAUCUGCGGAGAAGUUUGACUGCGCAUCGUCUUCUGUGGUAAGCUCUGGCAGCUGCGGCUCAGCCUGUGCAGCAGCAGCAGCGCUGUUAUAAUAGGCCAGAGUACAGUGGGAGAUGUAGUGUGAUGUGUGGGCAUUGUGUGGCGAACAUUCUACUGUACUGUAUAACCGAGGUGUGCGGAUUCUAGUGCUGGACGAACUGCACAUCCUAGAGGCUGUAGACUCCGGAAAACCGCGGCUGUGAGGAUGUUGGAGGAGAAAACGGGGUGUUCAGUCUUUAUGGGGAACCAAGCGGCUCGACUGUGCAGGGAUGUGGGUGCAUAAGUGAGUCGUGAAUGAGGGGGAUGCGGUGCAGGGUGCGUACAGUCACAGCCGAAAUCCUAUAGGGGUUUACUGAUGGGUCUUGCUGCGGUGCAGGAAGGAUUGCCGGAUUACAAGUCUUGGAAAUUGGUGUAGCUGAGUUACACAGGUAGAGGCAUUUCACACCUUUAGCCCUGACUCCAUAUCCAGCACAGAUCAGCUUGUUUUCUGUCACAGCUCAUCAACUUCUACAAAAGAGGCUCUUGCAGUGGGCUGUGUGUGUGGGAGAGGAUUCAGCAAUAAUGAAAGAAUGGAUACAAGUUAGAGGUUUGGCACAAAUAAACAUCAGCUAACAUCUGCACAUUGUUCAGAUGUUGGGCUGGAGGUUGCUGCAUUGGACACGUAGACCCUUGAUUUGUAUCUGCGUAUUUUGAAUCUGAAGCAUUUGUACACCUGAGAAAAAUUAAUGACACACUUUGCAUCUCAACUCUUCUACCCAAAGCUCCCGAGAUGGGUGGAGUAGGCAGAUGAUAGUGGGAUGUUUGCAGGGCUAGAAAGAGAAACUUUGCACUCCUCUAAUAUCUGCAGGUCAGGGAUGUUGGCAUGUGAUAAAUAAAACAGAAUGAAAUUGUGCUUUAAGGUGUGUACGGGUUCUUGCAUCUGGCAUCAUGAGCCUGAGUUUGCUUCUGAGACGUAGCAUUUGUGCAACAUUACUCUAGCACCUCUACAAUAGAGGCUUGUGCAGGGAGCUGUGUGGGUGUAGAUGUUCUAGAAAAGAAAAGACACGUAUUUACAAGUGUGGGGGUCUGAGAGAGAGAUUUUUUGGAUUAUUUAGACAGCUGCAAACAUGCAGGUCCUAGAUGUUGAGCUGUGGUGUUGAGAAAAGCAGAAUGAACCUGAAUACACAUUUUUUGGUGUGUGGAUGUUGCUGCAUUGGGUACUGUGGCCCUUGAUUUGUUUCUGUGAUGGAGCAAUUGAGAUUUAAAUCCCAAACACAGUCACACUUAAAGUGAAAAUGAGUGAGCUUUCAUUUUCCAAUCAGGACUAGAAAUGUGUUGUUCAAGCCCACAAAUCAAAAUUCAGCAAUUUAAAUAUUUGCAAACAUCUGCAGGCCCAGAUGUUGUCCUCUAAUGUUGAGAAAGGUAGAAUGGGACUGUGCUUAAAUUGAAGUGCGUUGAUGUUGCUGCAGUGGGCAUUGUGGCUCAAAAUCUUGCUUCUGUAAUGUAGCUUUUGUGCUCUACAUUUUCACGCCACCUUCAAAGUUCCCUUUAAAAGGCUCUAUCAGAAAGAUUGUUCAGCUACAAAGCACAUGUUAGCUAGUGUGGGAUCUAAAAGAGAUUGAUUUUAGGUCAUUGAGACAUUUUUAAAUAUGCAAGUGUUUCAAAUGUUAGUAUCAAGAACGACACAAUUUUGCAGACAAGGUUCACACAGUGUGAGGCUUGAGGGGGGAGUGCCCAUGAAAGGAGGAACAUGUCUACAAAGAAACUUUUCACUUUUCACAUGUCUGUGAAUAUCUGCAUGAAUGCUGAUGAUAUUAUUCAGCUCUGUGGGUUGAUAUGCGACAGUGACGUUGCAUUUGUGCUCUUUUUUGGGGAUUUAGUGAUGACUCUAGGAGAUGUUUUAGCAAACAGUAGACACAUAUUUCGAGUUCAAAGAGCCAAGAAGUGAAAACAUUGUAUUUGUUUCCAGAUUAUCUGCAGGUCUUGCAGAAUACUUUAAGUGAUGGCGAAGUUAGAAUGGAACUGUGGGUACAGUAAGGUGUACAAAGGUCUCAGGAAUGGUUAUAGCAACUUUGGAUUUGCCUGUAUGAAUUUUUUUGUGCUCUGAAUAGAAUAAUUCUCAUUUCACAGCUUUAAGGUUUAAAGAUUUUGUAGUGGAGAAGGUUGGCUUAAUGACAGGUUCAGUUUUGGAUGAGUACAAGUUUUCAAGUCUGGAGAUCUACUUUUAAUGCUGUCGACAUCUAAUGAGACCUGUCAAUAUGGCCAAAAGUUUUAUCACAAUAAAACUCUUUCAUAUCAGGUGAUCAGGUGACUCCUGUUUUGAGGCUGACUGUAGAAGUGAAAGUUGAUUAAACCAGACAGUAGUUUACCUCUCAUCUGAGGUGAAAUACUCUUAUAAGAGUCUAAUCUUGAAUCCCUCAUAUUUUACAGUGCUUCUUUAAAAUAAUGUAUUUCCUUUCACUAAAGUAUGCAACUAUGUGCUGAAAAACACUCCUGUGACAGUUUGAUGACAGGUGUGACAUUAUUCCAAAUGUUGGAAUGUUGGCAUUUGUGGUGUUUCCCCUCUUAGCUGGCACAUCUUGCACAGUUUUCAUUGCAUUUUCCUCUGUAGGACAGAAAAUUUAGUUAAUUUUGGUUUAUUUGCAGAUAGUAGAAAAGUAGACAACAAACAGGAUAAGUUUCAAAACACCUCUGAACGUCUGGAGUUUACUCUUUAUGUUUUCACAUGAUUUAAACUGGAGGACACACCCUCUUUCCAGUCUGUCUAAUUGCCUGUAAACAUGUCUACCUCUGACUGACUGUUUCAUGUUACUUUUGUCCUCCAAACUUCAAUAUAGGGUGGUAACUAGCAUUUGAAGCAUAUUUGAGGCCUUUUUUCUUUUGCAUUUAGCAUUGAGACCCUUGAAUUCCUUCAGCGAUGCUAGUUUGCGCGUCUGUACAACUUUAAGUUUAACUCCUCACUUUGCUCCUUCAAAGAUUUAUAAAAGAAUUUCUCACUAGAAGAUGCUCUAACACAGAACAGACAAAGAUGGGAUCUUGAUUUCAUUAGACAUCUGCAAACAUCUGCUGACAGGGGGGUCCAAAAAGGAAUGGACACAUUUACAAGUCUCAAGCUCAAAGGAAGAGGAACUUGUGAUAUCUGCAGGUCUUAGGUGUCUUUUUGAAGAACCCACCCACAGACACAUUAGUUUGCAUGGAAGUUGCUGCAAUAUUUGUCUGUGUGGACCUGGACCUGGACUGUGUGCUUUUGUAUUAAAUGUGUGCCUUAAAGAUGAACUCAUCACGUUAAACCUUUAUGCUCAUACAGAAGAGACUCUUGCAGGGUGGACUUCAGAGGACAAUUCAGCAAAGAAAGAUCACAUGUUUGCAGGUUAAAGAGGACCUUUGCAUUAUUGAAAUACUUUCAAAGAUAUGCAGGUCUACAGAUGUUGUUAAGUAGUGUUGAGAAUGUCAGAAUGCAGCUGUCGGCGUACAGUGAUGUGUAGAGGUUGCUGCAUUGGUCAUUGUGGGUCUGGAUUGGCUGAUUUGAUGCAGGAGUAAAACAUUUUGGAGUCUGAUUAUGAGCUAUUGAAUCUUUUAUAUCCAAAUUCAUGUGAUGGGAGUAAAAUCUGACAAGCUGUGUGUUCAUACUUGCUGAAAACUGAUUGCAUCAGAGUGGAUUCAUAUAUAAAAUACUGGUAUAUGUGUUUUUAUAUGGGAAUCUGUUAGUUUCCAUGGUGGACAAAUAUACACUGCUGGAAUAAGCAAGGCUUUGUAAGAAGGACCACAGUUCUAAAAUUAGAUUCUAUUACUGCAGCCUUCAUUUCAGCAGCCAGUCAACAAGGCUGGUGAGUUAUUGUUGAUUUUUUUUAACACUGAGGAUGUGUCAUUUCAGGAAUGGGCGAUGGAAUGGGUUACAGCUUUGCAAUGAGCCGUCUGUGGGUCUGUGUCCUGCUUGUGAGCAUCACCUGCCGUCUGAGGUGAGGAACUGACUCCUGGAAGUUUGCAGCACAACACAAAGCCACAAUCUGGAUCUCACACCUCCAUAGUAAACAUCAACUGAUUGUCAAGUUUGCUUGUAUAACCAAAAUUUAGCCUUUCAACAACACUUUUAAUUAUUUUCAUGACACCAUUUGAAGAUUUUAUUUUGUCUUUCUUGCUCAUUUUUUCUGAAAGCAGAGAUUAAAAUGCAGUUCUAUUUCCAGCCUCUCCCAGGAGGUAACUGGAACUCCCAAAGAGGCAGAAUUAAACGACAACAUCACCAUCUUCACACGCAUCCUGGAUGGACUGCUGGAUGGAUACGACAACAGACUCCGCCCUGGGCUGGGAGGUACAUUUUCAACCCCUCUACUAUAUUUGAAACAAAACACACAGAUUUCAUAGAUGAGAUCUAUGAAAAGCUCUUUGUUUGCAUCUCUAUUUUUUCUGAUAACACAAACACAGAGAGCCGUGUGCUUUUGGAUAAAGAUGAAAGAAAAACUGUGUGUAUCGACAGCGCAGCGUGACAGAUUACAGCCCUUCAGUCCUCACUGAAAACAAUCCUCCGCUCUGCAACAUCUGUCUUCUGCUCAUUCCAGACAGGACAAAUGUGUCUCUGUUCAGCAGGUCUCUGACAAAGAGACAUGAUCAGCUGUUUACGGCCCCUCUAAGUGUGAUUUAAUGGCACCGUGAACACACCCUGAGGCACACAGUGAGCCAGUGUGACCUUGAGAAAGCCAUUAUUCCUGACAUUAAACAGCCGGGUCCAUUGUUCUCAGCUGAUACAGGCCGCAGCCAGGCAGACUCAAAACUUCUCAUCAGGGAGAGGAAAUGAAAGAAGACAGAGGUGGAAAGAGGUUACUUUUUGAGACUUCUUUAGCACUGCAGUGUCUGAUGAAAUCAUACAGAUUAACAAACAGUAAAGAUUAUGCUUGAUGAACUCUGUGUGGCCUGAAAGAAGUAAAAACACUGCGCUGUAUCGCUUUGAUUUGCAGAUGUUUCACCCUGUUUAAGCUUCGGGCUGUUUAGGACAUGAUGUAAAAUCCUGGGGUCUGCUCUAUAGGGUCUAAAUAAACUUAAUAAAAUUAUUUUUUUUAUUUUUUGCUCAUAUCUUCUUUUUUAUCAUUUAGUGUUCUUAUUACACUUACUCUCUGUUGUGUUCAGCCCCCCACCCCCCACCCCCCCCCACCCCCCACCCCCACCGUAAUUCUUAGAGGUGUUAAAAUAAUCAUUUUCCUGAUGAGCGUCUUUGGGAUGUAAAAAAAGAAAAUUUUCUCUCAGUUUCUGUUUGUAAGAGAACAAAACUAUGUACAAUCGAUCAACCAAUCUUCAUUUACAAAGCAUCAAUUCACGCCAAGUGUUACCUCAAGAUGCUUAAUAAAACAGCUGGUCCAGGCUAUACUCUAUUUACAAAGACCCAGGGCUCUAUUUUCGUGUACGCCGGUGAGGUGGCGGAGGGUGGCGGACCCCGCGCAGUUGUAUUUUCGUCUGGCGGAGCCCGGCGUACAGCCAGUUUAGUAUUUUUAUGGACUGAGGCGCACAGAGGCGAACCGAGAUCCGCCGAGCUGGGCAUGGUGGCGUGGCAGGGGGAGGUGUCGACAGAAUCAGCAGGCGCAGUGACAUUUUUUAACUUGCAAGUGGCAUAUUAAGUGCACUGAAAGCUCGCCGAUUCAAACCUGGUCAGCUUUCAGCGCAGGCGGAACGCAGCUGGUCUGGUGGUAUUUUGGUAGACCGGCGGCGUAUCGACAUACGUCACUGAUGCCUCACCAGCGGGUUUCCACAGUGUCAGGCACAUUUCAGUGCAAUAAAUAAUCAUCAUCAACUAUUAAUCUGAGUCAGCACAUACAUUUAGAUCUAUGGAUAUAUUCUGAUCUAUAUCUGAUCUGAUGAGCGCGUUUAGCACGGGUUUGGACACACAACCUGACCGAAUCCACACAGCUGAAACCGCAUUAAAUUAAAUUAAAUAUCUAGUAAAUAAACACACAUGAUGAAGUUAACUACAUAUGUAAUUCGUCUCCCUCCUUUUCCUUCUUCCUCUUAUUUCUCGUGCAGCUCGACCUGGACAUGUCUCCGUGUCCUCUCUCCGUCCUGCAGCGGCUGAACAGAUGAUUUGUUUCAGUGCUCAGAUGAGUUAUCUACUUUAAGCCGACAUACGGAUAUUAUAAUAUUCAGUUUUGUGAGCCAAAUUUAUUUGAUAUGCCAACAUCUAUGAAAGAAAGAGCCAGGCCACGGAGCGCGAUGCGUCAUUUACGCACAGAUGGUUCUGAUUUUAAUGCCAUUAUUGGAGUUUAUGUUGUGAUCUGUGCGCUCAACCCACCUUUGUCACGUGAGGUUUGAAUAUAUGCAACUUGAUGUGAGUGUCUUUAUUUGUGGAAAAGGGUGUUUGUCUUACCGGUGGGUCCAACAUUACACACACCACGACCAUGCUACGACUUACGCCGCUGGGAGGAGCUGAGUUAGGGAGGGGGGAUACUUACGCCGGGCUGCAAUGCUCACUACAAUACCAAAUUGUGCUUGGGAACACCUUGUUGGCGCGGCGGACCUGACUUACGCCGCACCUGCGGCAUGUCUCCAGCAAGGCACGAAAAUAGAGCCCCCAAUAUUAAGAUGAGAUACAAAUGAACCCAAUCUUGUAAGAUCAGACCCACUCCCAUCCCAUCUUUAACCACAUGAGUGAAACACUUGACAGCAGGGUCUUGCUAUAUUUUAGGUUCCGUUUAUAUAUACACUCACCGGCCACUUUAUUAGGUACACCAUGCUAGUAACGGGUUGGACCCCCUUUUGCCUUCAGAACUGCCUCAAUUCUUCGUGGCAUAGAUUCAACAAGGUGCUGGAAGCAUUCCUCAGAGAGCUUGGUCCAUAUUGACAUGAUGGCAUCACACAGUUGCCGCAGAUUUGUCGGCUGCACAUCCAUGAUGCGAAUCUCCCGUUCCACCACAUCCCAAAGAUGCUCUAUUGGAUUGAGAUCUGGUGACUGUGGAGGCCAUUUGAGUACAGUGAACUCAUUGUCAUGUUCAAGAAACCAGUCUGAGAUGAUUCCAGCUUUAUGACAUGGCGCAUUAUCCUGCUGAAAGUAGCCAUCAGAAGUUGGGUUCAUUGUGGUCAUAAAGGGAUGGACAUGGUCAGCAACAAUACUCAGGUAGGCUGUGGCGUUGCAACGAUGCUCAAUUGGUACCAAGGGGCCCAAAGAGUGCCAAGAAAAUAUUCCCCACACCAUGACACCACCACCACCAGCCUGAACCGUUGAUACAAGGCAGGAUGGAUCCAUGCUUUCAUGUUGUUGACGCCAAAUUCUGACCCUACCAUCCGAAUGUCGCAGCAGAAAUCGAGACUCAUCAGACCAGGCAACGUUUUUCCAAUCUUCUAUUGUCCAAUUUCGAUGAGCUUGUGCAAAUUGUAGCCUCAGUUUCCUGUUCUUAGCUGAAAGGAGUGGCACCCGGUGUGGUGUUCUGCUGCUGUAGCCCAUCUGCCUCAAAGUUCGACGUACUGUGCGUUCAGAGAUGCUCUUCUGCCUACCUUGGUUGUAACGGGUGGUUAUUUGAGUCACUGUUGCCUUUCUAUCAGCUCGAACCAGUCUGGCCAUUCUCCUCUGACCUCUGGCAUCAACAAGGCAUUUCCGCCCACAGAACUGCCGCUCACUGGAUAUUUUUUCUUUUUCGGACCAUUCUCUGUAAACCCUAGAGAUGGUUGUGCGUGAAAAUCCCAGUAGAUCAGCAGUUUCUGAAAUACUCAGACCAGCCCUUCUGGCACCAACAACCAUGCCACGUUCAAAGUCACUCAAAUCACCUUUCUUCCCCAUACUGAUGCUCGGUUUGAACUGCAGGAGAUUGUCUUGACCAUGUCUACAUGCCUAAAUGCACUAAGUUGCCGCCAUGUGAUUGGCUGAUUAGAAAUUAAGUGUUAACGAGCAGUUGGACAGGUGUACCUAAUAAAGUGGCCGGUGAGUGUAUAUAUAUAUGUGAGUGUGUAUAUACAUUAAAUUUUUUCUUAAUUACAACAUUGGUUUAAGUUCUUAAUACUACGAGCUUUAUUUUUAUAACUGCAUUUUUGCACUUUCUUUGUCUGUGAUGCUGCUGUGGCAAAAAAAAAAAAUUCCCCCAUAAUAAAGGAAUAUUCUAUUCUAUUCUAUUCUAUAUAUGGAUCGACUGUACUGUCAAGGCUCACAAUAUAUUUUCUCUAUUAUUUCAGAAAAGGUGACAGAAAUUAAAACCAACAUCUUUGUCACAAGCUUUGGUCCAGUUUCUGACACUGAAAUGGUAAGAGGACACUUCCCAUACAGUCACAUUUAACUCGCACUGCAUUGACAGCCUGUUUUACUGAAUACAUUCAAUCAAUUUCUUAUUUUUUGCUUGUAAUGUCUUGAUAAACUAUCUGAAUCCAAACUUUCAGGUCAAUGUUAAUCAUAUAAAGUGUAAUGAGAUUCUUCUGACAUAACCUGAAUAGACUUGGUAAGAUCUGGCUUUUUUGGGGGUGAAUAAGCAUGCUCUUCAGUGUGUGUAGAUUUCCUCCAUUUAUAAAAAACAAAUCUAAGAUUAGAAAAUGUGUGAAUGCCAGAAUCUUCUUUAAACUGCAUGAAUAGCUUUGAGAAGGUAAUUUCCUCCUCAUAUCAGCUGUUGAGUAAAACCUAAACACUGUCCUUGAUUGCAGGAGUAACUCCAGGCGAGUACUAAACUCUGAUGGAUAGAGAUCAUGUUCAGAAUGAUUUACCGUGUAUUUUGAUUUAAUUUCUAUAUCAUUUCCUCUAUAGGAGUAUACCAUUGAUGUAUUCUUCCGCCAAAGCUGGAAAGACGAACGGCUUUGCUUCAAAGGCCCAAUGGAGACACUCGCCCUAAAUAACCUGCUGGCCAGCAACAUCUGGACUCCGGACACCUUCUUCCUCAACGGGAAGAAAUCCAUCGCACACAAUAUGACCACACCGAACAAGCUGCUGCGGCUGCAGGAUGAUGGGACUCUGCUGUACACCAUGCGGUACGCUCACCUUAAGCCUUCUUUAAACUGACAGCACACACACACACACACACACACACACACACGCACACACACACACACACACACACACACACACACACACACACACACACACACACACACACACACACACACACAGGCACAUUAACCCUGUUUUUGGCUGAAGGAACAUUCACCUUAGCUCUGCUUUAAACUGAAGGUACAAAAGGAUCAACACUCGUCCUGCAGUAAGUCUUACAGCCAUAAAUCAGUGAGUCACCAGAGCCAAUGAGGUUUCUUUAAAUUGUUGUGUAAUCCAAUUAGAGAUGACUAAAAGCUCCAUCAGCCUGCAGUGAGUCUUUGGUGAUGGUUUUUAAGACCCCUGCUGCUCUCCCACAGCCCACACACUCUUGCUACUCGUCUCCAUGGUGCAUCGAUGCGUCAUCAUGUUGUCCUCUUUCUGUAAACUGGAGGUCAGGGGAACUAAAAUGUUUGCUUUGACCUGACGCGCUUACUCUCCUCCUCCUACCCUGCUCCUCCACCCAUAAAUACAUCACCUCAGAGCAGGAAAACAUGCUUCAACAACUCAGCCAAAGUUCUACUGUUGCAUAUUUUGGAAAUUAUUUUAUGAAUAUGUAACAGUACAAACCACUGAAUCAAGUUUAAAAUACUGCAUUUUUAGAGCUCAGCAAGUAUGGGAGUGAUUAGACGUAUUAGCAAAAUAUCAGGUGCCUGUAUAAAGAAUGCAAGAAGAGUGUCUGAUCAUGGACGAAGGGCUUGAAUUUGAUGGGUCUGAUUCUUGUUUGUUAUAAAACUGGCAAUAACAUCCUUAAAAAUAAUAUUGAUUUUGUGCUAAAAUAAGCAUAAUGUAAUGUUUGGUAACUAAUUGGUUCACAGUGGGUUGUCAGUUUUUCAGUGACAUGUGCAAAUGCUGAUAACAAGAGAACAGGACGGCUCAUGCACAGUACAUUAAACCAUUGUGAUAUUAGAUGGAGUUUUAAUUAUUUCUUGAAAAAAGACAAUAUUGGGUUAUCCUAUAGAUUGUAGAAAAUAACUGGUAUAUAUGUCAGAGGCAAUAAAAUAAAACUAUAUCCGUCAUAACAGAAUGUAUAUUAACCACUACCUACUAACUAUUUAAGAUUUUGAAUGCUGAUAUACACGAUGGAAAUUUAGAAAUGACAUUGGCAACAUAAGCCUUGUGAGGGCCAAUACCACUGUGAUGCUGAUUAUGUCAAAUUGCCAUUAACUGACUCGAAUAAUCUGUUGAUCGAUUAAUCAUCAGUCUCUAAUAGUGGGAAACAGAACUUUUUUUUUCUGCUGGAUUCCACCUACUGCAGUAAAGACCAGGAAGACACAGAUGGCACAAAGCCAACAACCAGCUUGCUCUAGGAGUCCUCAGAAAACUAGUCCAACGCUAUUUUUCAUCAUUGAUCAUUGAUCUAAGUUAAAGAUGAAAAUGAAGGAGCUUAUUGCCCAUAAUUGAUGUUUUACCAUUUGUUUGUGUAACUACUAUAGGCCAGUAGUAGCCUAUACUUUAUUUCAAAAUAAGAGGUUUUUAUUAAACAGAAAAUAAAACAAUCUAAAUGCAAUCAAAAUUAAAAAAUAAAAUAAUUAUAAACAAGUGUUCACUGUGAAAAUCCGUUGUCCAAAGAUGUAUCUGUCACAGAGAUGGUGAUUUAAAUUACUCAUGGCUUUAAACUUCAUUAGAAAUGUAUAUAAAGAUGUGUAAUCAGAUCAGCUGCAUUUGUUUGUAAGGUUUGUGAAGCGACAUCUCGCUCCACCUUUGUCUUGUCAUGCCCUAAAUUUGACAAAAUGUUACUGUUUUUACCUAAAUUACUGUGGACAGGGAUCCUGGUAAUUGAAGACUCUCUGCCUGUUACUAUGACAACAGAAGUUGCUGGUAAACAGAGCCGCUCUUUCAGCAGUAACACUGGUGGUCUUACCUUCAUCAUCAUUAGUCUUAAUCCAACAGCAGAAUCAGUAAUGUUAUUUGUGUAUCAGCAGUUCAGCAAAUUAAUUAGUUUCAGAAAAAAGAUGAAAAUGAGAGAUAAACAGUUAUUUAAAACAGAUUUAAUAGGGAAAUGUAAGUACUGUAAACAUGGCCAUCAAAGUACAGUAGCAGUAAAUUCUGCCUGCACAAGAAACUUAAGUUAAAACAAUUUUAAAUAAACUACAGCCUUAAAGUGCCUUCUGCCAGAAACACAAUGUAAAACGACAUUUUUUUAACAAUCGAUUACUACUACUACUACUACUACUACUACUACUACUACUACUAAUAAUAAUAAUAAUAUAAGGUUAAAGCUAUUAUUAUUAUUAUUAUUAUUAUUAUUAUUAUUAUUAUUAUUAUUAUUAUUAUUAUUAUUAUUAUCCUCUUUAGUCCUCUUUAAAACAAAAACAUCAUAAUCAACAUGAUAAUAACUUCAAGAUCACUGUGUAGUAUGUAAAGUGUUGUGUCUGAUUGCAGAACAUUACCGUCAUUACAUUUCUGACAAAGCAGCAUCUCAUUUGGAUCCACUUUCCUACCACUGUCCUCAUCUUUUCAGGACAUUAAACCUUCCAGACCUUCCUGCUGGAAUUGCAACAAAUCUGCAGCACGUUUACUCUGCACACUACAAGCCAUUAGAAAAAAGGUUCGGGCCGGUCAAUGUGCUUGUGUUCUGGGAACAAGGUUAUUAGAGAAACAUUUUAUGCAUGCAUCACUCUCCUUCAUUGUUUUUCACAGAAGGAGAAGUGAGCAGCGCCCCGGCUAGUGUAGCGUGAAAAUACAGCACGUCUCUGAGGGAAAGCGGAGUGUGUCCUCACAGCUCUCAAAUUUCCUCUCAGUCUAAAACAUAAAAUGUACCUGUGCAGGAACAAAAAACAAUGACGGCAGCAGUUUGUCUCUUUUGUUUCAGCUGUUCAUCUCUCUGCUACUCUCCUUUGUCCUUACUGCUCAUAAUGAUUUAUUAAGGAGGCAGCAGCCCAUAAAUUAGACUUCACUGAUUAAAGACCCUCAGAGCUGCACUUUACAGUAAAACCCGGCAGUGAGUAGCAGUCCGAAAACAGAUCCAAAGCUGGACUAACCAAGAUAAACUUCACAUCAUAUUGUAUGUAUCUGUAUUUGAAUAAUUGAUCCGGAGCAAAAACACUCAUGUAUGUGUUCAAACCACAACAACAACAGAGACAGCAGAGGCAGAUUUGUCUCCAGGAACUAAUAAUGGUUCGCAUGAUAAUGCGUUAUCAUGCAUAUUCCUGAACAAACAUUAAAAAAAAACAAACAGGCCAUAUACUCUAUAUUUAAUAUGCAGUGCUUCUAUGUUGUAUUUUUUUAUUGUAAGUAUUUUCUUUAAACUCCUGUUAGCUGUUUUAAGGUCCUUUCACACCAGGACCGUUUUUGUUGUGCGAUUAUUUCGGACUUGAUUUUUUUUUUUCGAACCCAUAUCCUGUCAAUACAAGCGUUCACAUCAGCGACAUUUUCCCAUCCUGCGAUAUUGCAGCAUUUAUUUUUUUGGAUCAUGGUCGAUUUUUCUAAAGUUUCGCAUUCUGUGUGACUUCUGACCAAUCAGAUGGCAUGUUGUUGUGACGUCUGAUUCACUGGUAUACUCAACAUAUCCAACAUAUCCAGCCGGCUGAUCGUUUUUGUGUGCUUUUUGACAAAAGGCACAAACAUUAUAAAGAUAACGACCUGAAGGACAACUUGUGGAGAGUCAUAGUGUCGGAUAUCUCAUAUGACGAUGGUUUGUGUGCUUUAACAGUUUGCUAAACGUAUUUGUUUUAACUUUCAUCUGUGCUAACGUAAGCUAACGGUUGUUACCAUAGUUUCAUGAGCUUAUCUGGUACUGGCCCCGACUCAGUAUUUGCUAUCAUGACAGAAAGCCAUCUCAACACUAGCAUUUAAUCAGAAACGAAAACAAUCAGUGACCAUGGUACAGUUUCAGCUCCUGAACCACGCAGUGAAACUCACCAAGUUCUCUUCUUUUUUGUAAUAUUGGAUGCAACCAUGUGCUACGUUUCUUUUUCUUUUGAGAAAGCAAAAGAAGUACCAAUUUGCCAUCACUUGAAGUUGAAGUAGACUCCAUUUUUGUCCUCUUGUUUCCACUGGGGACACUGUAGGUUGUUAAGGGAAGGUCCUGCCCUCCUUAGCCUCUGAUUGGCUAGAAGUGCUGACUGUUUGGCUUGAGCGUGUGAUGACGUUUCCAGCUUCCCCGUUUUCCUAGAAAAGUCUUCCCCGGGACGUGUCUUUUCCCCUCGGGAAAGUCGCAAAAUCGCAUCAGGCUUGAUGUGUAUAGUCAGGUGUGACAAAAUUCACCUCCAAAAGUUUCGUGAUUUCACGUUCUAUAUUUGUGUCGGCCCCAGUGUGUAAGGACCUUUAAUCUGGUUAUGAAAAGACUGAAAUUAUUAAUUAUGUUUCUUCACAACCCUAUAAAAGCAAAGAAGAUUUUUUUGUCAGGAGAUAGAUUGUUUCUAUAAAAUUAUUUAAAAGGAUUGCAAAUGCUGCCAGGGGCAGGUGUCAGACAAGGUGAUCAAUGGUACAUUAAAGAAUAUUUGAUGCCAACUAUCUAUUGAGAGUGACAUGUUAGAUGUUUUAAAUAAAUUACUUCCACAAGACCAGGACAAGAACAGCAAAGAGAUGAGAUGUACCCCUUUAGUGCCACUGGAAGCGCCAAAGUCAACAAUCUAGAGUUCUUCCAAAGGAGCUUUAACUGAAACUGUACAGCUGUGUGCAUGAUUCCAAUAUGUUAUGUCAGGACAAUUUUUAUUGUUCAUCUCCAACUGUAAUGGCCUCUUUGUUUAUCCCUUUGAAAAAGUAAAACACUGCCUUAGCUUGAAACACAAACUUGAUAAAUUCAACCAAAUUCAGUGAAAUAAAGUGGGCAAAAGAAAGAACCUGGAAAAAACUAAACCACCACAUUUGAAGGGGCAGCAGCUGUAGCUCAGUCUGCAGGAACUUGAGUUGGGAACUGCAGCAAUGCAAGUUCAAGUCUUGGUAGGGACCGUGUUUGAAAAUUGGGCUGGGAGCAUAAGAGUUUAUUUCAGGGGUACUGUCAAUGUUUGCUUGGGCAAGGCACUAAAUCCCCAACAGUUUUAGGAGGCCAUGGCUACAUUCACAGGACCAAAUCAGCAAAGACCUCUUUGUCCUAAGGGCACAUCAAACUCAACAACACCUGAAAGUCCCUCUCAGGAGCUUUAAAAUAAGGUUCAGUAACAUCUCUGUUUGACAUUUUGAAUGCAACACAAACACACUCACAGCAGUCCCAACUCCUUUGUUCAGCUCCGCAUAAUAGUUCGCCAGAGAGUGAUACAGGACACAGCAUAGUCUUUCUGAACAGGCCGCUAAGCGAAGGCUGAUUAUAAUUCAGAAUAACAAUGAGCUCUGUAAUACAUCACCUGCAGUAAAAUCACACACUCAUCAGUAUUUUUCUUCUCUGCCUCACUGUUCACAUCUGCAGGCCGAUGUGAGUUGAUGUGGGGAAUAUUUUCACUAGAACUGAUGACACAGCAGAUGACCUUUAAUAUACAGCAAUCCCUCCUCACAGUUCAAUUUAAAACCUAGUUUUAUUAAUGCAUUGUAUUAGCAUAACAUGGUAUAAGGCCUUAUGAGGGACUCUGCUUAUGCAAAAUACCCCAUUUGCUGGUGACAUUUUUGGAUUUGGGCAGCAGGGAGCCACAUGUGGAGGAGCAGUAUUGACACCCUACCUCCUUUGUUCACCCAAAUACACUUUUACCUUUUGCCAAAAUAUCAGCGACCCCAGAUUCUAGUACUCUAGUUUCAAAGCAGAAAUUCACAGUUAACAGUUCAGCUGACUCUCAUGUCAUUGUUUGUUUUGUUUCCCCUCACUGUUCCUCCUCUAAUCUCCUAAUCUGGGUCUGAGUGCACCUGCCAGGUCUAACCUUAUGCCUAAUUUAGAGUUGAUAGUUACAACCAUCUUAAGAGGAACUCCUCUUCAUAUGACCAGUUGACCUUAUUGGAUUACAGUUGUAAUAUUUUAGAUGAUUUUUUUCCCAAGAAACUAAUAGUAACUAUCUGUGAAACAUACAGAGUGGUAGUAUUGGAGUAGUUCAGAGCAGGCUGUUCAUGCAGUAAGGAGCAGAGAGUGAAAAAGACAGAUGAGCUUUUAAUCUGACCCUCACCUCUCUGAUUUCUCUGAUUUUUACCUAUUUUGAGAGUUAUUCCUUUAGAGUGGCCUUCACUUACCCUGUGCUCAAAACGUUUUUUUGGUCCAUCACCACAAAUGUGAACAAUGUUAAGGGGCGUGGAUGAACCAUACAAUGACAAAGUAACAAUGGCAGAAUACCGGUGAGUUUAUCUCUUUUUAAAUCUCUCUAGAAUGUAGAGAUCUUCAAUGUUAUUUUGGACUCCAUACAUCUCAAAUAGACAAAAUGUUGAUCCAAUGUCUUAUCAUACAGAGUUCCUCUAAAUUUAAGUCCUUUACCAGAUUGAAAUGUGGCUCUGUCCCCACCCUGCAGGUAUUGCUUUAUAAGGUUGAUUUGGUAACAGACCUUCAUUUAACAGAUUAUAUUCACAGUUAACAACAUAUAUGUCCAUAAAAGGAGCAGGAUAAGAGAUUUAUGUUUAAAAAGUACUUACUCGUUAACAAGAAAAGGUCAGCAGAGUGAAAAGAUUUAUAGUUUUGCCCACAGGGGGGCGCCAAAAUGUAACUUUGCUGUUCCAUGCAAAGUUAGACCAGAGUGAACACUUGAAAGGAAACUAAAGUGGCCCAAACUCUACUGUUCAAUAAAAUGACUGUAUGUUAAGUCUCAAGCGAAAGGUAACUCUGAACUAAAGCUAAAUAGAUGCAGGUAUGGACAAAGUAUUCUACCAUCUGAACAGUUGUCAAAGUGUAAAAGGUGUAAAAUUAUCAUCUUGUAUUCAGUUGUGGGGUCCAACAUAAAAGAGCACAUGCUCUAAAAGUCUCCCUGUCAGUGUCACUGAAUCUUAAUCUUUCUAGUUGGAUCUGUGUGGAUGGCAGCUGGUCUGACUCUUAUAAAUCCGUCCACUAGAGAGCAGCAUUAGAUAAGACUGUCUGGCUGAUAGUACCUUCCAAAUAAACUCUCUUGUCUGGUGUUUUGAAUUUAAUAAAGCCUUUUGUUUUUAGGCUUUAUUUCCUUUCCACAGACAGGUGGCACCCUAACUCCACAAAAUAAUCCUCUGCUGUUUUCCAAAAUGAUUCUUCAGCUCAGAUUUUGCACACACAGUUGCAUCAUUCUGACUGGAUGAGCUCUAUCAUGGGUCCCUCUGGUGGUUCAGUGUCCUAUUGCUCUGUGCUGUGAGGAAAAUGACAUUUCUGACUGCUGGUACCAAUCUGAGCCACUCUAAUGAAGAUGGAGCAGGGUCCUUAUUGGUUAAUGGCUGCAUAGAAAAUUAAACACAAGACAAAUGAAGCAAAUCAUUUACAAUGAGGGGACAUGUUAAUUCCUGUAAAUGGUGACCAUUAUGAUGAUCAUUAAGAUCGUGAUGAUCAUGAUGAUGUCUAAUAUUGCUUUGCUGAUUUACCUGUGCAUCACCAUGAGGCGUCUUUAUUUUCUCUUAAUGAAACAGGUUUUAUUUGAUAUCUCACAUUUUGCAUACUUUUAGGUGUACUUUAUGUUUCUGUCACAUUUCUACAUGUUUUAGUUGCGCAAUACAUCCUAUUUUGUCAUUUACGUUUAUUAACCAUUUUAUGCAGAUGCCAUUUUUAGCUGUUAAAGUGACAGCACCAUGUCUCAACUACAAGGUGGUAAAUCCACAACCAGAUAGAUAGAAAUGAGCUGUUAGGACUUCUUUCAUUUAGAUCUUGAUUGGAGUAUACAUGUACAUUUUUUUUCUGUGACUGAAAAUACAUCUGACCUCCUCAGCAGAUGUCGUGCACUAAAGAAUACAUUUUGCCAUUGCAUCCAUAGUAAGAUUCAACCUCAGUUUUUGAUGUUGAAUUUAAAAUUGUGAUAUAUCUAUCAAGUGAAUAGUUUUAUUAAACAGCAAUAUUUAAUAGUCUCAGACUGAAAAGACAGAUUCACAACUCCCUCCAAAUUAAAUGUGUUGGUAAAAAAAGUUACUGAAUUCAAACAAAAACAUCACCUAAUGAUUUGAUAAUCUUUGCAUGAGAGGGUAAAAUCACAAGUUAGGUCUCCAACAGCCUGGCUUGGCCAUCCAGUUGUGUGAAUCACUUGCCGUUCCUUCCCACAACAGUCUGGACUCCGGCCAAUUGGGAGCCCUAAAAGUGGGAAGUUGUUGUGGGAAGGAACGGCUAGUGAUUCACGCAACUGGAUGGCUCAGCCAGGCUAGGUCUCCAAUACAUUAACAACAAAUGUAUUUGCAAAUGACACAGAUUUACUUUGCUGUGGGGAAGACUUGUGGGCAUUAAGUUACAGAAAUUGAAGGGUUGGUCUCAUUGAAAUAAAUUAACUCUCAACUCUAGCAUAACUUUAUUUAAAAUAUUUGAAAAGCGGGUCAACCAACUUAAGCAGAAAACUUGUGAUAGAUGAGGUAGAAAUUAAAAGAGUUUUCAAAAUCAAAUUCCUACAAAUUAUAAUUAAUGGUAAACUUUGUUAGAAAGAGCCCAUAAAUGAUGUCAAAGCAAAAAAUAUAUAUAAAUCAGUUGCCAUUUUACAUCAUAUUCCCAUACAUGAGUUACUGUGUGGAAGUUUGAGGAAACACAUACAAAACAGAUACAGACUUGAUCGUCAUCCUUUAACAAAGAGCCGAAAGACUUAUCAGAGUAUUGACAAACCAACUCCUUAUUUAACUGAAAACACUAGAGUUUAGGGACCAAGUCAGCUUCAAACCAAUCAAUUUUACAUUCAGAGUUUAAAGCUGACAACUAGCCACAGUGUUUGAAGUUUUUUUUUACAGAAGGGGAAAAUGAACACAACCUCUGAGGACUAAACAUCCCUUUGUCUUUUCAAUUGCGGUGAUGGUGUGUUUUGCUGAAAGCUUUGUGUUAACUCUCAUGUUGUUAGCAUGUAUCAAUGGGCUGAUUCUGUUAAGUUUAUAUUUACUUAUGUUGCCAUGGUUACAUUUGUUGUGCUUCCUUCUCUUGUUUGCUUGUCUCUUGAUUGGCUAUCGCUGUGUUUAAAUGUUUUCUAAAUUCACUCAAAACACACUUCAAACCACAUGAUGAUCCAGAGGAUAAUCUCCAGGACAAUGUGAUCAUCAGGCCUUUGCUGACUUUUGUCCAAAGGCAAAAAAAAUAAUUUUCAAGAUAAUUCUUUAAUGUGCAAACCUUUGGAUCAGUGGCCCUGAUCAAAUAUAACCAUUUGAAAGGAACAGGAGCAAAUCUUUUAAGACAACAUAUCAUACAGAUGUAAAAAUAAAAUAACAAAGGGGUUAAACUUUGUAGAUAUUCACUAAUUUUAUUUUGUUGUUGCAUUGUUAUUGUUGUUGCAGCCUAUGUUAUUUGUUGUUAUUUUGAGUGUUCAGUAAAAAUAUCUGAUCUAGGACCUUACCUGUGUCGGAGUGCUAACACUAAUUGCCUGCAAAUGUUUUAUUCUGCUGUUUUUUUAUUUUUAUUUAUGUAUUUGUUUUUUUUGAAGAUGUCAUAAUAUAAUAAAUAAUAUUGCUUAGUCCCUGUUUUUACCAUCUAUUUUCAGGUAUAGGAGCGUGUAUUUGCCUUGCUGGGAAGUACUCAGAGCUGCAUUUCUUGCACUAAAAGUGCAGCACAGCCAAAGUUAAUUUCUAUUAUUUUGACUUUUAUGCAUGACCUCUCUUUUUCAGACUGACUAUAUCAGCAGAAUGCCCCAUGCAGCUGGAGGAUUUCCCGAUGGACGCCCAUGCUUGUCCCCUCAAAUUUGGAAGCUGUGAGUAAACAAGGCCUUAAGCAAAUUCACACAGUAAGCUGCAUUCAUAAUGCAGAUAAAGGUACCGAGUCAAUGCCUCUGCAGCAUAUGUACUGUGACACAUGAGCUCUGAAUGUAUGAUGUCAUUAGUGUGAAAAGUGGCGUGUAGUUUUGACAUGGCAUCAGUUUUAGUGUCUUGAUCCAGAGGGGGGGGCUGCAAGAUCGAUGUACCUGGGUUUGUCUGACAGCCUGUAUCCCUCAGGUGCUAAAGCUAUUGUUGUGGCGGUGCAGGAGAUAGCCAUGUAGACAGUGACACACUGCUCCUGAUUAAGCCAUUAAUCAACAUGUCAGGGCCUCUCUCCUGCAUCCUUCACUGCUCCAGCUUCUGUUAAUGGGAAAUAUUUGAAACACACAAAGUGGAAGCAGUCUGACACACACACAAAAACCUGUCUUCACUGCCAUGGUAAGCUUAAAAACUACAUCCUACAGCUUGCACAUGCACGGCUAAACCUGCUCGUAUCUUGUCCCCAGCCCUUCACAUGACUCAUAAGCUAGUUAGGCUGCGUCACACAGCCGCAGUUCUGCAGGGAGAUCUGGGGAGCUCCUGUCGUGUCAGCUUGAGAUUAGGAUUUUAGGUCUUCCCUGCACUGACGUAUGGAGGGUUAUCCGUCGUCAGUCUGCUCUGUGCAUGACAUUUAGCCGCUCCCACACCUGCUUUGUUCACCUAAACCCGCGGCUGAGAGCAGGGGAUGGGGUUAAUCAGAGCCAGUAACUAGGGCUAACCUGGGAUUGUGCUCUUGAGGCCAAGCAAUCAGACAUCAAUUAACUUCUCAGAGAGCCCAAAAAGCCAAAACCUACUCGGAUUAAUGGGAAGAAGUUUAGACACAGAGAUCUUUACCCCAUGUCCUGCAGUAUCUGUGUAACUGACAGUAUAGGCUAAUGAGAUACUUUGUUUAAUUAAAUUAUUGAUCCAUACAAGAAUAAUAAGUCAACAUUGAGUGAAAAUAAACUCUUCAAAAAGUUUCAAAAAUGUUUAAUGCUAAACUGAUCUGGAAGAGUAUUAAGUAUGCAGCACUAUGUUUCAACACUUAAUUAUCAUUAAUGAACUAAAAUUGCAUUGGAAACAGAGUAAGGGCUUGUAUGUUGAUGAAAUAACACAUUAACUCACAUUUUCUUUCAUAGUUUUUUUUUAAAGAGGGGACUUAAUUUUUGCAAAUAGUUGCAUGAAAACUUUACUGCUGUUAAUCCCAUCCAAACAACUUAUAAGGUUUCAAUAGAUGCUUUCAAACUGUAACAUUUGGAAAAAAUAUGUGCAUAAAUGCUUUUAAAGGCCUCUACACCAAAAGUAGGGCUAAUUUUCACAGUUUACAGACUUUUCUUACAGAGUAGGAUUAAGCAUUUAAGACAAAUAUAUUAAGACAAAUAAAUGUGCCGUAUUUUCAUUUACAAAGCUUUUGCGAAGAUUUGGCACUAAGAACAGAGGUAACAGCACAGUGUCUAGAUGCUAACAUUAGACAAAUGAGAACUUUGUUGACCCAGGAACACUUUUUAAAACAUAAUACUGGUGUAAAACUCCGGCCCAUGCGAGGUUAUAAGCUGUAAAAGUUUCUGUGGAGCAGCAUAUCCUGUUUUCUCCGACUCCAUUAACCCCCGCUAAUCCUUUGACCUAAUGGACAGCACUCAACCAUGCUGAGAGCCGCAGCAGACCCGUCCUGUGCUGUUGUGUUAAUCACCGCUCAUGGACUGAGCUCUGCCAUCAACAAGCUCGCUCUUUCUGCCUCCUGAUUCUCUGACUAAAGCUCAGUGGUCUGUGUCACAAAGCUGUGUUUUAAUGACAAUUAAGAGGAAGUGAUCUAUGAAUAGACCUUUUCAGAGUUACGUAAAUUCAAAGAAAAAAAAUGGGGGAAGUUAUUUAUUGCUGUGUUUGUGUAAUCCUAGUGUAAUUUUCAACAGGUCUUUAGCGAAUUAGUACACCUUGAUAAUUAGUUUUGACCAAUCACAGCUAAGUUUUUUAAAAAGCUGGGUGACCACUCAAAAGGGCAGGUAGAAAUAAUAGUAAACAUCUCAAUGUCUUUUUAAAAAUUACUCAAGUGCCUGAAAUCCAAAAUACCAACAAUUCAGCUGUGAACAGAUUGUCCCUUUUCAAUCAUGCACAAUAAAUGCAAACAUACCUUUUACAAUGAUUACUUUAAAAAAUAAUCCUUGCAUGUUGAAUGCAUGUUGAGUGUAGACAACCAGUGCAGCAGAAGUGCAGAAAAUUAGCUAGAGUCUGGUUAAGGGCUGAACAUUUUCUUUAGCUGAUGCUCUAAAAUAGUGACUUUGUACAGAUGUCUUCUUUUGGUAAAGAGUCAAGCUCAGCAGACUUCAAUGUGUCCACUCUGCUGAGUUACCUUUUAAAGUUAACAGUGAUUCACAAGAAUACAACAUUUUUGGAUUACUUUAUGUCAGAAGUUAAUCAUGUCAUUAAUGGAGGUAGUCCUCCCCUGUUUGGGGCUUGCUGUUCACCAUGUCUGGCUACCACAGUUGAAAAAGUCAGGCUCUGCCACUGCCAUUACCUCUCAGUACAUUACGCAUUGCAGACCAGUCAUUACAGGGGCGUGAAUAUCCCACCUUAAAAUGGCAGAACGUAAUCACCUUAAGCCUUUGUCAGUUUUGCUCACAUCCUCUUACUCCCACCAACAUGCUGGAGACAUAGCCGAGUCCACCACUGUCACUCUCUGAACCCUUUCCCUGUGACUCUCCAGUCUUGACUUUUCUCAUAUUUUGUCCUCCUGCAGACACCUGACUUAAAAGAUUAGGUUCAUCGGAAAAUACAUUUUUUUUAACAUAUCUUGAAUACUUAUCAAGGACAAACUAAUAGGGCCCUAAAAAUCUAAUUUAAGAAUAAAAAAAUCCAAACAUUGGAGUCAUAGUUGGCCAAGCAGUAAAGGUGAACACCAGUGGUGUACUCAGAGGGGGACAAGGAGGGUGAUCCCCCCUUCUAAUGCCCUUGUAGUAGAAAUUACUUGAAAAAAAAAAAACCCCUAGAGGUUGCCCUCCUUUAGUAUAUAGCAUGUAAAUAAAGUUUCGUUGGUUGCUCCUGUAGAGAAUAAAAUGUAAAGCAGGCCCCCUCUGGUUAGUCUUGUUGAGUAUAAAACUCAAACUUAGUACCCUUAGUGUGCCCUAUCAGGAGAUAAAAGGUUAUAAAGUAACCUACUGUUUUUCUUAACCAGUGGUUUGUUUGUUAUACAAGGUUUUAUCUCAAGGAAAACACUUUCAAAAUCUGUCAUGACCUAGCACAGCAGACACCCUUUAGUUUGUCUUGGCCCAUACCCCUUAAACAUCCUGAUUAUACCACUGAUGCCCCCUCCCCCCCUUGCAGAACUCCUCAGCUUGUCUCUCGUCUUUUGCCCUUUACUGAACAUCUUUGGCAUCAAUAAAAGUAAAAGUGCCCAAAUAUUUUUUAAAAAGUUCAAAACAUCAUAUGCUUAAAAAAUGUAUGAAAAAAUACAAAAGAUGGAUGCCCACACACUAUAGAGGAUAAAUGUCAGCCAGUAAGCUAGUAUCGUAUGUGCAUAAAAAAAAUCUUUUCUUUUGCAGCCUUUUUAUUUGUAUUUCCAUUACCAGCUAUUGAUUGUGACAUUCUAGUUUGAUUGUUUUGAUCAUUUUUGUUUCUGAUAAUAACUUUGCUUAUUGCAAAUUGCUCAUCAUUGGCUAUAAUUACAGAUAUAUAAAGUAGGCACAGUCUGCCUCAUGCUCCUGUAAACAAACUGAAAUGCAAAUACAGAAUAGGUAGACCGACAGAAAGCACAAAAAGACAGGUUUGUCUCAUUUUUCAAGUAUGCCUUAAACUCUCUUCCUUUGUACAAAUCACCAGCAGGUGCUUUGUCCAUGUGUUGUCUUUGUUCAGGGAUGUAAAAGGCAUCACUUACAUUAGCGGGAGGAAAAAUCAGCUUAACGUUUUACUGAGAGUGUUUGUAGAAAAGCCUGUGGGAGGGAACAACCAUGCUGGAUCAAGACCUGGAAUAAGUCAGGGACUUAGGAGGUGUAAGGAGGCCACCUUAAACAUUCACAAGUACCUACUACAUUUACCAUAGCUUCAAACUAUUUAUUCAAAAAAGAUCAGUUCUGGUUCCCCCAGUGUCUUCUCUUUAUUGCCAUAAAGUCAGACUUACUUCACUGCUGUCUUAUGUUUUGGCUUGGUGUUCCUUUGAUUCUUUCCAUGGAGUGUUUGUAACAGUCAGUAUGCAAACUAAGCUCCGGGACAUGAGCAGCAUGUGUGUCAGUUAAAGGUUACCUAUGACAGCUGACUUCUUUGUGUUCUCAUUAUUGUCUUUAAUCACAGCUGCUAGAGAGCAGUAGGGAGUUUUAUCAGGAGUUCCCCGUAAAUGUCAUUGACUACAGAUCAGAGGAACAGCACAGAGUAUUUUCAGAGUACAAUUAUGGUAUCAUAAUAGUAAUUUGGAGUAUACAAGAGCUCAGCAAAGAAGGCAAUAUACAACAUAGGAGGCACAACAUUAUUUGAUGUCAAAGAUACACACAGAUAUACUGUAAAAGAAACAUGGUACAAAUAUAUUUUUCUCCAAAUAAAGCACUAAUGUAAAAAUAAAAUUGAAAGAAAAAUUCAUCAAGCCAGAGUGAUGAAUUUACAACGUAUCAAAAAGUCUCUGGCUCAAAUUGAUGUGCCCUUUAUCGUAUGAUACAAACCAAACUACUUUUUGACAAUAUUGCACCAUGAUUCCUAUUAAUUUUAAUCCUUAUUUCUUCUGUUCAGAGUAAAUAUUGACAUGAAAACAGAUGGUCACUGCAGGUUUCCAGUGUUUUUCAUACAUUAGCAAAGAUGAACUCAGUCUUUUCCCUCUGCAAAAGACGACUCAACAAACUCUUUCAGCCAAAACCAUGGAUUAGCCUUCUGAUCAGGUCUUAAGGUCUUAUCAAAUCACUAACUGGAUGGUCCCCAGGUUCAUUGACUGCACCUCUUGAAGCUCAUUGUUUAUGCUGAACUGCUGUAAAGAAAACAAGAGUCAAUGACAGCUUGCUUACAGUAAAACUGUUUUUCAGCAGCAGGAACUUUCUCCAGUAAUUAGGAACCUUUUGAUAAACUGUGUACAUUUUCAACAGCUGAAAUCAGAUUCAAAAUUAACUUCUGAGGUAAAUGGAUCUUCAGGAACUUUGGGGGCCUGAAGACAAUCUUAUUUACAUUAAAUAACAGGUUCUUAAUUUACAUAUGAAACACUGCCAGCUUUGCACAAACACACACACACACACACAUAUCUCUUACACACUUUGGAGUGUAAAUGCGCCCCAUAAUUACGACUUUGCACUUACAAACUGCAAGAUUCAGACAUACAUGCACAGAUUCUGCAUGUACCACUGACGUUCUGCCAAUUUAAUUUGUGACAGCUUAUUUGAAAACACAAAAGUUCAGCAUGGGACUUCAAUAGAGUUGUCCAAGUGUCAUCAUCUAUCAAAUAACUGUCCUGGACUAGCUCUCUAUAAGACUUGGGUAUGACUUGCAUUAUUUUCCUUUGAAUUUAGGCUGUUGUGGAAACCCAGAGAACCAAAGGAACCAUUUCGUUCCUUACAGGAAAGUUCCUGGGACCGAAAGUCUCUGGUACCAUCAAUAGAUUUGCACCUUAAAAUAUGAAGUCUUUUAAAAUGACUUUUAAUGAGUUUUCAUUGUCUUAUUUUGCUCUUUGAUGAUGGAUGGAUAUGGACUUAGACAUAGGAGCAUAGUUGAGCUGUACUUUUUUGUCGUAUAGCUUUCGUACAAUUCGAGACACACUCUGUAAAACUUAAAAUAAGCACUGGAAGUGCUCAAAAUUGUAAAAAAAAAAAAAAAAGAGCAAAUAGACACAAAUUAUUGCCAGAGCAGCGUUUUCCAAAAGCGGGGGUUGUGGGGUUCCUUCCGAAAAGAAAGGAAAAAUUAAAAAAUGAAUGUCUAAAUAAACAAAUAAAUAACUUAGUCUAUUUUAUCAGUAAUUAUCACUUAUCAAAAAAUUAUUGCUUACAUUGUGCUUCUGCUUCCAGCCUUUUUUGAAUUACUACCAGUUUUAAUGCUUGCACCAAUUUCCCCAUCUUAAGGUACAGUGAGGGUCACAGGCACUUUUAUUUUGGGGGUCCUAGGCUUAAAGGUUUGGGAGUACUGCACAGAGGCUUUAAUAUACUGUCCUCAAAUCUCAUAAAGUUUGGAUUAAAAGCAAAUUAUCCUUAAGUACCGUUGUCUUUAAAAUACUGUUGCUUUAAAAGUAACCUGUUUGAUUGGAAUCAUAGAGUUAGUUGAAGCCUUUUAUUCAAAAGUUCCUUCAGCUGACAGCGCUGCUUCACAUGAACACAAUAUGUAAUGACUGGGAUAUUGAGCAGAAAUCUGUCUGCUCCAAUAGGUUUAAAAAACGUACUUGUUUCAGCCCUGUUGAGGCUUACAGGCCCUGGGAUAACAUAAGCCUGAAAGACUCAGACCAGAGUGAUCAGCUGAUUUGGCCUCUAAAGCCGCGUUCAGACCAAACGCGACCUGACGCGACUUGGCGACGGCUCCCAAUGCAAAGUCUAUGGCCAGCCGCGACCUGACGCGACUUGGCGACCGCCGGCUUCCUGCGACGCGACCAUGCGCGACCGGGCGCGACCGGUCGCCAAGGCGCGUCCCCGAGGUCGCGUCGCCGAGGUCGCAGGACGCCAAGUCGCGUCGCUCCCAAAGUUCAAAUAUUUGAACUUUGGGAGCGACUCCGUGCCGCGACAGCCAAUCAGGGCUCUGCUGACGUCAACAAACCGGCGAAACAAGGAAGAGGAGAAGAAGAAUCACAAUGGAGGAGCAGUUAAUCACAUCCGUUAGCUACCACCCGGUGCUAUACGACGUGGGUUGCGGGCUGUACCGGGACCGCAACGCCAAAGAAGAAGCAUCUCAGUUUCGGAGCGCCUGUAUUUCGUGUCCAGGCGGGAGAUGCUGCUUCCCACCGGGGCGAGGAGGUCCUCGAACUGCGCCGUCGACACACGGAAGUAACGCUGGAAGCGGCCGUCGUCCAGGCGGAGUUCCUGGAGCAAGCGGUGAAAUUCACCCAGCUCCGUCCUCCUCCGGAUGGUUUCAUGCACCCAUAAACGCCGGCGGCGUCUACUGCGGAUGUACAGAUAUGCGGCAGCACUGAUGAACUGAAAACUGAGCUAGUGACAUGGAUGACGUCACCUGCGACCAGCCGCGACCUGCGACUGCAGCUUUGGACCCGGUGUUGACACACCAGGGCACCACGCGACGCGACCUGACCGACCAACGCGACGCGACCUGGUCGCGUUUGGUCUGAAUGCGGCUUUACAGUCUACGAUAUCGCCAUGACCAAAGUUAAGAAGCCGAAGAGGACAGUCAGUUCAUACAUCAAGAAGUGGCUUGGUCUUUCACAGUGCCUUAGCAACUUAGCAACAAUACGGUGUAAGUGGCAACUUGGAGGGAAAUGGAUACUGUCUGAGACUGUACAGCAAGCAAAGUCUGCUAUCAGAAAUGGAGACAUCAACCCAGAGGAAAACUGUUGGUUGCGAAAGCUGUGAGACACAUGCAAAGAGAGUCUGACAGUCCAAACAGGGCAGAUGGACUAACUGGGAAAACCUAGUGUAUCGUUAGCUAACCUGGAAGGUUCUUUGGAAGAUGGGGGGGAAGCUGACUUAGCUUCAUCAUCAGAGCCACCUACAAUGUUCUUCCAUCAUGUGCUCUCUGCCAAACCCCUGCAACAUUCAGGCUCAUCCUCAAUGACUGUGAAACCAAUUUGUCCCAUGGCCACUACACCUGCAGACACAACCAGGUCUUCCAACAACUGGCUAUCACCCUGGAAGGAAGUAGAACUGCCAACAAUGCUCUACCUCCUCAAACAUCAAGGAGAGGUCUCCAACCCCACCCUUUUUGUAAAAAACUGGAAAAUGCAGGUUCAACUGGACUAGCAAACUCAUCUUUCUGCCUGAGAUCAUCACAAUUAAUCUCAGACCAGACCUAGUCUUGUGGUCUACCUUGCAGAAGUCAGUCUUUAUGGUGGAACUAACUGUACCUUGGGAAGCUGCAGUUAGUAAAGUGGAAACACUUGAAGAUCAAACAUGAAAGCAAGAAUUGCAUGGCUGACAUACCCAGGUGAUUCCUGUUGAGGCUGGUUGGAGGGGUUUUAUUGCCAUGUCCACAACCAAACUGUUUAUGUUCAGAAACUGGAAUGGGAUUGUGAGGACAGGCCUUCCAACAAAACAUUGGAUCUCUAUCAGAAACUGCUAAGCAAAGCAGCAGCCGGCUAUGGUUAAAGAGAAAGGACACCAAAUGGGCUGCGAUGUGAACACCAAGGGAGGUAAGAGCAUAGGGGGGCAUGGCUGGGACAACAAGUGGUGCCGUUGAGCCCUACAGACGUGUUGUGGGCCUACCAGCAAAAACACCACUGAAGGAAGGUGCCUACCUGAAGAUCCUAGCGCAGGUCUUACCCUGGACCCCGCUCAUCACCAAGUGUUGAUUAAUACAAAAAAUUUUACUAUCAUUCCCAUCAGUUUAACAAAUGUAACCUAAUUACAAAACCCAAUUCCAUUGAAGUUGGGAAAUUGUGAUAAACGUAUAUAAAAACAAAAUACAAUGAUUUGCUAAUCAUUUUCAACCUAUAUUCAAUUGAAUACACUACAAAGACAAGAUAUUUAAUGUUCAAACUCAUAAACUUUUUUUUUUUUGCAAAUAAUAAAUUCAGAAUUUCAUGGCUGCAACACGUGCCAAAGUAGUUGGGACAGGGGCUUGUUUACCACUGUGUUACGUCACCUUUCCUUUUAACAACACUCAAUAAACGUUUGGGAACUGAGGAGACUAAUUGUUGAAGCUUUGAAGGUGGAAUUCUUUCCCAUUCUUGCUUGAUGUACAGCUUUAGUUGUUCAACAGUCCGGGGUCUCCGUUGUUGUAUUUUACGCUUCAUAAUGCACCACACUUUUUCAAUGGGAGACAGUUCUGGACUACAGGCAGGCCAGUCGAGUACCCGCACUCUUUUACUACGAAGCCAAGGUGUUGUAACACAUGCAGAAUGUGGCUUGGCAUUGUCUUGCUGAAAUAAGCAGGGGCAUCCAUGAAAAAGAAGAUGCUUGGAUGUCAGCAUAUGUUGCUCCAAAACCUGUACGUACCUUUCAGCAUUAAUGUUGCCUUCACAGAUGUGUAAGUUACCCAAACCUUGGGCACUAAUGCACCACCAUACCUUCACUGAUGCUGGCUUUUAAACUUUGUGUCAAUAACAGUCCAGAUGGUUCUUUUCCUCUUUGGCCCGGAGGACACAACGUCCACUAUUUCCAAAAACAAUUUGAAAUGUGGACUCCUCAGACCACAGAACACUUUUCCACUUUGCAUCAGUCCAACUUAGAUGAGCUCGGGCCCAGAGAAGUUUCUGGAUGUUGUUGAUGAAUGGCUUUUGCUUUGCAUAGUAGAGUUUUAACCUGCACUUACAGAUGUAGCGACGGACUGUUUUCACUGACAGUGGUUUUCUGAAGUGUUCCUGAGCCCAUGUGGUGAUAUCUUUACACACUGAUGUUGGUUUUUGAUACAGUGCCACGUGAGGGAUCGAAGGUCACAGGCAUUUGAUGUUGGUUUCUGGCCGUGCCACUUACAUGCAGUGAUUUCUCCAGAUUCUCUGAACCUUUUGAUGAUAUUAUGGACUGUAGAUGUUGAAAUCCCUAAAUUCCUUGCAAUUGUACUUUGAGAAACGUUUUUCUUAAACUGUUUGACUAUUUGCUCACGCAGUUGUUCACAAAGUGGUGAACCUCACCCCAUCCUUGCUUGUGAAUGACUGAGAAGUUUUGGGGAAGCUGCUUUUAUUCCCAAUUAUGGCACCCACCUGUUCCCAAUUGGCUUGCUCACUUGUGGGAUGUUCCUAAUAGGUGUUUGAUGAGCAUUCCUCAAAUUUCUCAAGAUUUUUUGCCACCUUUCCCAACUUUUUUUUGUCACAUGUUGAUGCCAUCAAAUUCUAAAGUUAAUUAUUAUUUGCAAUAAAGUUUAUGAGUUUGAACAUCAGAAAUGUCAUCUUUGUAGUAUAUUCAAUUGAAUAUGGGUUGAAAAGGAUUUGCAAAUCAUUGUAUUCCAUUUUUAUUUAUGAUUUACACAUCUUCCCAACUUCAUUGGAAUUGGGUUUUGUAUUAAAGAGCAUCUCUAACACAGGCGCCUCUCAGACUUAAUAAGGAAUGAGAUCUCAGUUUGAGUUUGAAGCGAGUAACUUCUAAUGACUUAUCUAAACUGUAAAUAUGGAGUCAGUGCCAGCAGCUAAACUAUGUAGCAGCUAGCUUGACUGGUUAAAGAUGGUAAAAAAAGGAAAAAUGGCUGCUGAUGAUUAUUAUCUUAGAAUUAUUCAUAUUUAACAAAAGAGUGUUAGAGAAAAACCUUGUGUAUGUGAUAGGGAGAAGCACAAUAUAGUGUUACUGUACUGUCUGGCUUCAUCAGUUAACAGUUGCAUGUAGUCAUCACAGAGUGGGGCACUGUAAAAUACUUAAUGUAUUCAUUGAACACAUAGUUUCUGCCAUUGCUGAUGCAGCUACUCUGAUGAUUACAUAAAACUAUAAAUAAGUUAUGCUUGCUUGUUAACAUAUCAAUUCUACAUACCUCAUUAUUCAAUGAACAACAAAAUGUAUCCUACAGGUUAGUCAAAGAGAGGGAAAAAACUACUGAUGAUUCUUAUGUUUUUGAUCCACCUCAGAAGAUUACUGUAGUUUUCUGUGCAGCCACUCAGUUUUUUUCCCUCCCUUUAUGCAUGCUGCUUCUGCACUAAGCAUGCAGGUGCAGCUAAAUGGACUAACAAAAGCAGACAGUUUUUUUUUUUUGGAGUGUCUGAUUCACCAUAAAGACCUGUUGAUGGAUCCAAAUUGAAGAAAUGCACUUUUUGUACAUACACUCUUUUAUAUGUUUUAAUGUGUGACAAUUUUCAUCAAAAUAAAUAGAUAAAUAGUGAAAAUAAUCAGAAGAAAACACUGUAUUCACAAAUGACUCUAACGCUGCCUCCUGCCUCAAAGUCCUGGUCCCAGACCACACCGGUGUUACAGUUAGUUAAAAAAUCAAGAUUAUGAGGUACAUUAAGACACUGGAAGGAAUUGCUGCUCAUCACCAGUGUGGACUGAAAUCAAACAAAAAUAAUUAAAGGUGAUUCAAAAUACAGUUAAUCCUGAUUGGAAAAAAAAUACUAAUAAUAGUUUGACAGCCUUAAAAAAAGAGCCACUCAGUGCUUUUCAAACAUCUUACACUGUGCAAACUAAAAUAAAAUUUAAAAAACUCAAAUAUCUUCUCCAGCUUGAUCAAAGGGCAGCAGAAACAAAUUUAAGCAAACUGUCACCUUCAAUCUUUUAUUACACUGGAUUAAAGUUCAUUUUUUUCAUGCUACUUUUAGAGCAAUGAAUGGCUUAGCCAUUACAUAAUGUGUCUUUUAUCUUCCUGGGUACAAAGUGUAGCAUUCAUCCACAGACAAAAAAAAUAAAGCUCUCUGCACCGUUCAAGCAUGAACUUAAUCAUUAGGAGGUUAAUAGUCAAAGAUUUCAUCUUUUUCCCUCAUUUGGCUCAUAAAGUGUGAAAUAAAUGAGAGCCUACUCAAGAAUAUGAAGCAGUCAACAGCUCAUGUAACGCAGUUACACAAAGACUUUGUUUGAGACAAUGCUGAGUGUCUGAUAAUCCACAGACUGGUGGACUGGACUCAAUCUAGAUUGCUGUGAAGUCUUCUAACACCACAGUUGCUGGAUUAGUGCAAUGCUGUCAGAUUGGACACCGCACGGCAGACGAUUGAGAGAGUGACACACACACACGCAUUGAACACACACAUGGACUUAGUGCAGCUACAUCAUGUGUGUGGUUUGAGCCACAGUGCUGAAUAAAAGACAGAGCUUUUGCAGGAUUUAUUCAUUAUUAAAACUAAAUAAAUGAAAAGAGUCUUUUCUCUUUUUACGCAUCAGAGACAAACUGACCGGGAGGCUCAGAGACAGAAAACCAGCCACAGAAAAACUAAAUCCACAGCUGAAAGGUCAAACCCAGUGAGUGAACCUGGAAUCAUCUGAGGCCAUCCCUCUAACUGUGCCAACAUCUACACAGAACCCGGUCCAGCCUGCAACAUCUGCGUAUUGUGAUUCCCCACGACUGAUUACAUCAGAUGCAAACUGCAGCUUUUAACAGUGACACCAAGUUAAUCUCGGUUUAAUGAAGCAAAGUGGGUGAAAGGUCAAGUGUUGUGUCACAGCAACACCACAUCCAACACAGAGCAACACAGUCACACAAACAUCUAAACUAGUUACAACAAAUGACAGUUUGUGAAGAGGCAGACAGAAAUCCUGACCCUGCUGGAGAUAUUUGACCAGAACUUUCUGCAAAUCUGUAAAACACAUGCUUCUGCUGAAAACAGCUCAGAGAGAAUGAGGCAAAGGUUCACAUAUCUCUGUCGUUAGUGCUUCAUUUGGUGUUGGGUGGUAAUUCAGUAAUUCAGGACCAAAAGAAUAAAAACAGUUUGAUUUACAGUAUAAAUCAUGAGAGCUCGGCAAUGGUGGGCACCAUGUGAAGUUAGGGUAAUGCUUACCCUAACUUCUCUAGAAAUGGCAAAAGCUGGGUUUGUGACCAAGCUGCCUGCAAAGGUUUUAAUUAUUUUUAUUAUUAUUAUUGUUUUUUUUUUUUUUUUACAGUCAGUCCACAUCAGUUCUGAGUAUCCAUUAUUGGUCUCAUGGACAACUAAUAAUCUAUAUAGAUAUCCGCCCAGUAGUGGUUGACCACUUCUUAUAGUGUCAAAGAGAAGCUCCAACAAAUUUACCACUUGUACAUUUGGUAUGAACAAAAAAUUAGGUCCAAACAGCUUUUGUACCAGGCAGUAAACAUGUUGAAUUCUGCCUGAAACAUGGAAGUAUCUUAUGGGUUUAAAUGGGAUUCCUUUGCACAAGUCAAACAAAAGUUUUUCACCCUUCCAAAAUUACUUCAUUUUCAACACUAGGGGUUGCUUCUAGAUCAGGAUGAACAUUUUUUGAAGCUAGCCACAGUAGGAAUUUGUCCAGUGUUUGGUCAUUAAACCCCUCAUAAUUAGUCUUGUUUGUUUUAUGUCAGCUGACAAUGCUAGAAGGAGGCUGCUAUCUUUGUAUUGGUACCAAUCAGAGGCUGUACCUGCAACCAGCUGCCCUGUAAAGGUCCAGUGAGACAGAUACCAGUCUGCUCUCAGAAAUAAAGAUCGAUCUGUUUUAAAUGGAUUCAUCAUAUUCAGCUUAUUCAGCAUUUACAGAGCUGCGCUCUCUCUGUGUACCAGCUAGAAUUUGAAUUGAAACUGCUUUUAGAAUAAAACAAGACUGUUCUUUAUAAACUCUUGUUUUAAAGGUUUGAAAUGUGUAUUUUCAUGGCAGAUUAUGAUGUCUCACAGCCAGGUCUUGGCCUGCAGGUGGGUGUUGGGAAGGGAUGAUAGUGUUGAAAGUCUGAGUCUAGCACAGGUGCAAGGCGGUGGUGUCAAUGACAAACCAGAGGGAGAGGCUAGAAAUCUGUUGGCUUAAAUAGUCUACCAACUUUAGAGAUGAAGGGUUCAUUGUCAAGUAAUUGAUGUAAAAUCAUCACAACAAAAGUUGUCUGCCUGAACUAGCUCACGUGUCGCUCUUUUUCUGGUCUAGGGUUCAGUUCCCCCAAAACCAAAUAGAAAGUACACACAGUCAUCCUUAAAAGUUAGUUAAUUUAGAAACAGUGACUCUGACUUGAGCACCUCUUGGCUCCAUGGUCACACAGUUUUAAGUUAAUGAAAACUAAAGAGACUUCUCACUGCUUUAUUAUUAGAGGUGUCAAACAUGAGAUGAAGGGCAAUGAGUAUUCAGCCCCUUGUGCUAUUGGGGCCAACAAAGUUAAAUAAAUAAUGCAGGUAGAACCCCGUGGAGAAUGUCUUUAUAAAGGGCCUAUAUUUUUUGCAGUGCCUCUGUUUGUAAUAUUUGGAAAUACAACUGAACUUAGUUUAUCAGCUUAACGUGAAUCCAUGGUACAAUUUAUUUUUCCAAGGCAAAGCUCAGGGCAGAAGAAAUACUGUAUAUGACCUGAAAACAACCAGGACUAAAGAGAAAACUCUUACAUAAUGUUAUUAAUCUAACAUGCAAACGUCAAACUCAACUUUGUUUGGGUGAAAGUCAGAACAAGAGCUCACACAAACAUGAAGGUAAUACAGCAAACAUGAAUCUCUCUGCACUGGCACAAUAUUGAUAUUGACUCAUGUUACCUCCAAACAGGUAAAAAUGCUGCUUCUUUACAAGGAUUUGUGCACAAAAGACACCAGGCUUAGUAAAGUGUGUCACAACAGUACAGUGGCAGGAACAGGUCACUUUUCUCAGCCUGUUUUGGUGUCCUCAAAAGCAAGGCCAGUGAAGUUUGCAGCUCCAGUGAUCACAGUACUCUAUGAGCUUGAACAGCUGUGUGAUAUGAUAGAGUAUAUCAGCCCUGUGAGAGAAUCCUGAUUUUAUUUUCUAUGAUAACUUAGUGCAAGUGUGCUUUCUGUGAAUCACUGUUUCUCCCUAAGGUGUUGGAAAUAGAGUUGUCAAAAUAUCUAAUUUUCAUUGUGUUCAUACUGUGGUUAAAAAUAAUAACAUAGGAAAGUUAUUUAAAAUACAGUUAAACUAAGGAAAGGCAAGACAAGAGUAGAACAACAUGUUACAUCGUAAAAUUUACUAAUCCAUACCAAUCAUACUUCCUAGUAGACUCACUUCCUUUCUAAUAAUGUUGAAUUUUGUGUUUUUUCUGUGCUGCCUUGGUCCCUACGACUGACCUAGUUGUAACUAAUGAUGAUUUUGUAUUUUGGCUUAAAAAAGAUGGCUUUAAAAUAAACCUGUGCAGCCUUACCGAUAUAAUACUGACAGCAUCAUAUGAUAUAACAGUUUCACCACACCCCCCACUGGCCAUAGUCUAACUCCAUCUAAUAGCUCUUGCUGUGAUGCUACAAUGGUCUACUGUCUAGAUGUAAACUUGCACAGAUGACAGAUGGCAUCUUGAAGCAUAGUGUGGUUUGUCAGUAUAUUAAAUUAAGAAAAUAGAAAUCAGUUAUAUGUAGGCAGUGUUGGGUCAAACAUGCAUGUAGCACAGGCUUGUGAACGUUAACCUACAAAGAGGACUGAAGGCCGGUGGUGCUGGCUCUGCUAACUUUUCACCCACACAUUCUCUCAUACCAUCUUCAGGUGGGUUGGUUGAUUGGUCAAUUUUAAAUUUCUGUUCAAGUGGCCAUGAAAUUUUUUGCCUCAGAAUAUCCCUGAAAUUGUUGCAGUGAUGCUUUGCAAGAUGUGUUGCAGACAGUGUUGAGAGUAUCGCAAAUGAUAGGGUCUAGACACUAGUGGGAAUAUAUGAUGGCGCAAUUUCUAAAUCACCCCCAUCUGUGUUUUCUAUGUAAUCCUUGAAAAUCUUUUUUCAGCAAAUAUAGUUAUAUAUUAGAACAAACCAAACUCUUACAUUUGGGUGACCUUGUGAAAAGCCUUUUUAGCCAAAUAGCUUGGGCCAACUAGUGCAGUUAGGUCAGUUAGAUCAAACAAGAAGAGUGGCUGACAGGAAAUGGCCAUCUUGAACUCUCAAACUGCAUGCUGGGUAACUGCAGUGACUUUAAAACUAAAGCUUUUUAUUUUCCUGUCUUCUCCCCUUACAGAUGCGUAUCCGGUCUCAGAGGUGGUCUACACCUGGACUCAGGGAGCAGCCAAGUCAGUGGUGGUGGCUGAGGAAGGCUCUCGACUAAACCAGUACCAUCUGAUUGGUCAGACUGCAGGAACAGAGGACAUCUACACCAGCAGAGGUAAACUGAAACAGGGGACAUCUGGCCUCAGAUUACAGAUGACCUCCUUCAUUAAACACCUACGCGAAAGCAAGGACACAUGGAGCGCCAUACUUUCAUCUUGUAUCACUGUGUUACAACGUGAGUUGAACACAAACACUCUGAAAAAUAGAUGGAGCUUUAUUGUAUGUCAGUUGGAGCCAAAAGAGAGAACCAGAGGUCUAAUCAUGUAAAAAAAAUAAAUUAAUAAAAACAAAAAAAAACAAAAAAUUUUACUUCUCACUGGAUCAUUGAAUGUUUUGGGAAUAAAAACUUGGUUACAUUUGUACAUUUCAAGUUUCCUUCAAACCAGUUUGGUGUUUUUUUUUUAUUUUUUUUAUAAAAAAAAUGUUUUUCUCAAUUUUGAUUGUAAAGCUUUGUUGAUUUAGGUGUGGCAACCUUGGGGUUGACAAAUCACUACCAGAACAACAUGAAAAGCAUGUUGUUUUACUAAGGACACCAAAAAGCCUUUUUCAGCAACACCUCAGUGAAUACCACAUCGGGCUGAAGAGUUACAUUUAAAAGGUUCACUGCAGCAGCACAACUUUAUUUGGCAGAUAUGCUUUAUUCAGAAAUUUGAGUAUGGAAGAGCAGAGCUGGGAAAGUCUUACAGCUUUGUGAGGAGCUUUAAACCGAUUUGAAAAUAGUCUUAUAAUUAUACUGAUGCAUCUUCAUUACUCAACCAGUGUUAGAAAUGAUCAUUGUAUAGUUAUUUCUUUGGAAAUAACUCUGAAAUUGGAAGUGUGCUGGUAAAUAUUGGCUGUUGGAAUUAGAGUUAGAAUUUGCAAUUAAAAAAAAAAGUAUUUUUUCUUUUGAAUUAUUGUUUAAGAUUGAAACUUUACAGCCAGGACUUUCCAAAAGAAAUUCAAUGUUUAACAGGAUUUUUUGUUAAUGCUGGUAUGUGAAUGCUGCACUGCUAUUUAAGGACUAAAGAGUUCAAUUGAGAGCAGAUUUAAGUUAAUCAGGACACUGGAGCACAUCAUGACACCAGGUCGGUGAUGGGUGAUGUUAAACUGGUACCUCUGGUCUCCUUUUGUGAGCAAACUAACGGUCCUAAAUCCAAGCUUACAAAGCUCAUUUGUUGUUAUGUUACAGUUGAUAAUACAAGGAUUUACAAAUUCAUACCUUAUCCCUCUGCAUCCUGUAAAAAGUUGUUUGUUUAAAAGUUGACAGUUUAAUUAUUGUCACAUCAAAUGCUUGUGUUGGCAAGAGCCACAGUGGAUAAUGGUGCUCAUGGGAAAUGCAGUUUCUCACCAAAAACACUUCUGAUUUUGUUCAAAGGUAUCAAAGGAGCAUCUCUUUAAACUCAGUCAUUUAGUCGUUCUUGCUUCUUUGAUUGGUUGACAGGCUAAAAGAGAAUUAACAGUCUUCAUUUAUCGUAUUCAGCUAACAACAGAAAUGGCAGUUUUUUGCUUAAACUAGUACAUAAAUGAUCUCAGAUUAGCUUUGUGUGUGGAGAAUUGGAUUUAGACCACCCCUGGAAAUAUACUGAUUUUCUCUGUGAGAUAGAAAAGCCCCUAAAUCUCAGUGAAAGAGUUUAUUGCUUGGAAGAUGCCGGUCUCACAAGGCAAGUGGAUUUUACAGUGAAUAUGUACUUUGUACAGAACUAUUUUUAGAGGUCAUAUUGUAGGCACAACAAUAUUUAGUUAUAGCAUUUUGGACUCUCCCAUCCAAAACUGUGAUUACAUCCUAGGUUGUCAUCUGAACUGACUUAAUCUUUUGUGUCUUAUCACCACCUUGCUGCAAAUAGAGCAAAGCUGAAAGCACUUACAAGAGAACCAGGGAGCAGAAUGUCAAAUAAUAUUGAUGGGUCUAGUAGUAGGAACUGGUUCUGAUCUGAAACUGAUUCUCAGCUUCCGUCCCUCAUCAUGUGUGAUCCACUAGAGCCACUUCUGGCUUCAACCAAGACAAAAUGGUGACUGAAAAAAUUCCCAAAUCACUCCUUUUGAGUGGCAGGCACCAAACCACUGUCCUUAUAUGAGUUCCACCUCCCAAACAAAGUCUGUCAUCACACAGUUACCACAUCAGGAACAUUAAGCCUCUGCUUGAACCCUUUUAUUCAGCUCUGUUAUUAAAAUGUGUGCAAAGCAAGGAUGCUGUGAGAAGAACUUUUUUUAUUUCAAAUCAAGCUGGAUAGAGACAAUGAAUGAAUCGCAAGGAUUUGAGAAUGCCUCCCACUCACAGCCAGCUGUCUCUGGGGCAGCAAGCGAGGGGGGGGGGGGGGGGACAAAAAAAAUCACUUAUCUGGGGUCUGAGCCAUUGGGUCUGUAGGGUUAAUCCGCGUGCAGGCCCAUCAGUUGUGCUUUUACUAAGUGACGUCACAGUGCAGGGAUUGGCUGCUGUGCUGGAGGUGGGGGGAGCUACAUCUGCUUAAUUCUGUUAUGUAAAGAACUAUGAUAAUACAUUUCUGCUGCUUGUUGCUGGAGAGUUUAUGGCAGAGAGGGAGAUCCUAAAGCUGUAUUUAUACAGAGCUUCUUACUCUUUCCUGCCAGGAUGGGAGUAAAUUCACUCUGGAUUCUGUAGGAGAAUGAAACAUAUACUGUUAUAUAUGUCAUGGAGCUUUUUAAGCAGCAAGAGGAAAUCCUGUAACACAGCCGGAAACACCCAGUGUGAAAAAGUGGAGAUUAGCGCACAUGCUGCUAUGUAUUUCUGUGUGAUUUCCUCUGAGCCCACCCUGCACUGCUCAGACACACUGAGCUAACACGGCCUUAAUUAGGGGUGCUAAUCUGAGGUACAAACCCUCUUUAACAAGCCAAGAAUAGCUCAGCCAAGAGCUCAUACUGGGCUGAGGUGACCUUUGACCUCACAGGUUAAGCCUCUGCAGAUGAAUAUAGACCAAAGCACUGAACUGGUGAUAUGCAAACCUUGUGAAUUCAUUACAUUACACACACAGCAGAGCUCUCAGAGUGCUGAGAAGCUCAACAGAUGGUUCUGAUCUGUACUCACCAGUUCACCAACAUAGCCGCGUUGUUCUCUGCUAUGAAUGGCAGUUCUCCACAGACGCUCCAAAAACAAAACAGUAAAAUCCACCACAACCGCAUUUUCACGCCUCGUAGAUUACCAUCUACUUCCAAGCCCAGCAGGCGGUCAGAUCAGUGCAGAGUUGGCCCAGUCGUGCCACCACAGAGCAGGACUUCCUGCACGUAGUCCUCGGAGUGAAGGCGACACAGGUGCUCCUUUCAUGAAUGACAUGAUGCUGGUCGCUGCAUAGCAUGGAGCGCCCAAACUUUCCACCGUCCCUCUCAGCCGUCCUCUGUCUCACUCAUCGGUGCACCUGCGUGUAAUCACUGCUGACCCCAGGCUGUUGCAGUGUGGAGCUCAGGCAGGCAGCGAUGUACGUCCCCCAGUCAAGACUAGCCAGGCCUGACAGAGCGGCAGGACUGUCUGUUACACAUACACACACUCACACAUUCACACACAUGGACAAGAGAAAGAGUGAGGGCGAGAGAGGCAGUGGGAGAGAGAAAGAGAGAGAGAGAGGGAGAGAUACGGGAUGCAGAUUGUGACAAGGGAUUAGUGAGACAGAAAAAUCCGAUUUUGCCAGGAGAAAGCAGCAGUCAUCUGUGGAUUUCCUAUAGUUUAUCAGACUCCAUGGCUCGACAGGAUUUUUGAGAAAAAAAAUCCUUCAAAUGCAAUCUUCAGUUGAUUAACAGGAUAUGAUGAGUUCUCCACCCAACUGUUUUUUUUAAUAAUUCAGCGCACAUUUCUGACCUGGAGGUUGUCCAGCGAAGUUCACUUGUGUCGCCUUUAAUCACAGCCUCCAAGGACAGCACAACACCAUCAGAUUACUGAAACAAAUUGAAAACAAAACAUCCCAAACAGUUUGAUUUUUGGCAGACAGGAAAAACAACAUGAUGUGAAAAACACUCUUACAAAAGUCCCAAAGAGACAAAUUCCCCUGAAAACAGAUCUAAGACGAAAAGUGACUAUUAAAGAGGGCUUUGAAAACAUGCUGUAUAACAGGUGGAGAGUGUACUGCAAAACUGUUUGGUAAGAAAAAUAAAAUGUCUUUGUAGCAAUACUACCUUCAAGCUCAUGUGAGAAGGUUUUGGUUGUCAAACAAAUUGAUCAGAGAUGGACUGAUUAACUGGUCAGCUGAUUAAUGGAGCGGCAACAAAACCUGUAAUGCAAAACGAAAUCACACACUUGGAUAACAAUAAUACCCUGUUUGUGUGAUUGGCAUUGCUGUUGCAAUCUUUUGAUGUGAAAGGGAAACAGUGGGGCAUACCAGGCAAAGCCAGUUUGAGACCAGCUCUGAAAUAAAACUGAAGAGGUAAAAAUGAUGACAGUGACAGAAUGUGGCUUCAUCUUGCCUCUAGCUUAGCUGUUGUUUCCAGUUGCUUCUGUACAGUGUCGAUAUAGAUGCAAAAUGAGAGCGAGUACCAUCAUCUACUUGUACAUUUUUGAUUAAAAUGUCUGAAAUCCUUGUUGGGUGAAAAAGUAAGAUUCAGGAGGUCCUGCUGCAGAUUGGCAGUGGUCAUAUUUAGGUAAAAAUUGAUUCUGCUGGAAACUGUGCCCUUAACACCAGCUGCAGUCAAAAGAUUGAAAAAAUAAAUAAAUAAAAAAUAAAUCAGCCACAGCAAUGUCUAUUGUCGUGAUGGCUUGGUUGUAGUUAAUCAUUGUAUAGUAACAUACAGAAAGGCUUCUGGGACACAGGGGUGAUAUGAAGUCUUUGGCUGUAAACUGAAGGAUGUAUAUUUCUUUAAAAACAAAACCCUUUCAAUAUGACUGUAUAACUGCAAAUGGACAUUUUUAAAAAUUUUGGUAGUUCUGAUAGCAGGUAUUCGCCAUUCUUUUCACCAGAAGCAUGACAUCUGAUAUUACAGUUUUUAUACUGUCAUCAGGGAUAUGUGCAUUUUGUUGACUGAACAAUAAAACACCAUCACCCUCAUUAGUCUGCACCUGUAUUAUUUAUGAUUUGUUGUAUUGCAGACCUGAAUUGUGCUGAGUUUUGACUGUAAAAUGAGUGUUUUCCUACCAUUAGACAAGUCAGCUAAUUGGACGACAUUUUCUUUUGUACGACUAGAAAAUUAGUCACAUGAGAGUAACUUUCUUAUUUUUACCGGAAACUUUAAAAAGGUAAAAACCUUUAGUGUGUUGGUCCAUCUCUUAGAAAUAUCUGAUUGCUCCACAUACCAGUGUAAUGUCUAGCAACAGAUGCAGACUGUAGAUUUACAAACAUUUAUCAAACAGGACCAAAUACUGAGUAGAAGCAAUUUAAAGCCUGAAUUACUCAGAAAUGUGGUCCAGUGUUUGCUGCAGCAGGACCGUGUUUGUGGAAUUGAAUCAAAAUAAAUACAGCCUGUGUUCAUAUUAGUGAGGGUGAAUGAUUAAUAUUGUUUCGGUCUAUUAAUAGCUCAUAGUCAUUCAUUCUGAGUGCCCCUAGGUCAGAUUUGUUAUGGCGGGUUUGAAUUGUUCAGCGUAGGGAUUAUAAUUUCAGAAUAAGGCAUUAUCUAAUGAUUGUUUCUAUUACUGAUGGGUCUGUCGAUGAUUUGGUUGAACUGUGUAGUAGUUGAUUGUGUCAGAGAGAGUUGAAAAAUGUCAGUAAGUGAUCAACAAAGUCUAACACUACAUCUUUGAGUUUUGUUUUUUCUCUGUAAUUGUUUAGACUUGGGUUUGGACCCAUUCUCUUUGGAAACGUUAUUUCUAGUUGAUUUAUUGAUAGAUUAAAGUUUUAUUUUGCCAUGAUAGAAGAAGAAAGAAUGAAGUAAAAAGACAUCAAAGCUGGGAUCAGAAAUCUUUAAAUCAUAUUGGUUGAUGAACUCUUAAUCUGGUUGGUUUUGGUCACUAAUUUUACAAUUCUAGAAGCUUAACUCGUCAACCAAACGUUUUUAUUUUUGCUUCCAACAGGUCAGUACACAGUGAUGAUGGCUCACUUUUACCUGAAGAGGAAGAUUGGCUACUUCGUCAUCCAGACCUACAUGCCCUGCUUCAUGACCGUCAUCCUGUCACAGGUUUCUUUUUGGCUCAACCGAGAAUCAGUGCCUGCCCGGACUGUCUUUGGUGAGUCCAGAGAGCUGCUGUAAAAUCACCCACAAGAUUAUGCUACAGUCUGUGGUAAACCUGCAGUUGUUUUCUUGCUCAAUUGUAAGAGCUGUGCUCAGAACAUGAAUGUGUGUGAAACUUGGGUUGGGAGUUCAGGGUUUUUCCUGGCUCAAAUUGAGGCAGAGGUGGCACCAUCCUGACCAUGCGCCACGACGUGCAUGUAUUUGUAAAUACAACCGAUUCACUUUCUUUUACAGGCAACAUACUUUAAGUUAAGAGUUCAAAAAAAGAGUGUGACCAUUAUUAUGUUAAAGCAUUAAUUUAUUAAAACUAUAUACAUACACAAAUCAGCUGGCAACUUUAAAUUGAAAGUACACUUCAUCCACACAUCUCACAACCAGACAGAACAUUUCAGCCUCCUCUUUUUCAUUCUGUAGAACCUCCUCAUGCACUCCUUGUAGUCCAAGGCCUCCUGGUCUGGUCCAUCAACGGCCACCUUACAACAGACAUCCAAGUGCCUCUCCUUCAGUCUGUUCCACAGAGGUGUCUUCACCUUAACCAAAACAAUUCAUCAUGCAUUAAGUAUUUUCGUUUUUAUUCUGAUACAGACAUGAAGAGUGAUAGUGUUCUCAAUCAUAUAUAUGUAUACGCUGCAGUGUCCGCCCUAAAAAAAAAAACGACAACCAAUUAUUUCUUAAACUAUCUAAACUAUGUUAUUUAUUUUUUGUAACUUUAUUAGUUGAGUUUUUUAGGUACUACCAUCUUUAAUAUACUUCUCCUUCUCUUCUGCUGCUUUGUGAACGGCUGUCACUUCAUGUCUUUUUUUAAUGUGUCCAGCCUGUAGUUGGUUGAUGGCUGUCUCACUAAGGAGGCAGCAAUUGCCUGCUGUGUUGGGGCACAGUGCUUUUGGCAUAAAUAGCAGUGCAUGCCUUCCUCAGUAUGCCUGAGCCAGGUAAACUGAUUGAGCCAUUGCUUGUCAAAGCCACUGGCUCUGUGUUUUUGAGAAGAUCUACAAAGAGAAAUAAAAACCACGUACACGUUGGCUUUGCGUUGUUAUGCUCCUAAUUGGAAACUAAUUAAUUAAUUACCCUCGCCUCGCCGACUCGUCCUGUCCUGCAUUCUGACCCUCGCGAUCACCAGUCCCUUGUGAAGUACUUUCAGACCUGACACAAAUUUCCACGUUGUCACCAACAUGAAUUAUAGCAUUUUAACUGCCUGUUACGUUUUUCUCUGCUGUGUUUCACCUGGACUCUUGACUUUCCUCCUCGCGAGGUCGCUUUUUAAAGUACUGGCUGAUUUUGCCUGUCAUAUCUAAAACGCUAAAAACGGAGUAAACUUUUUUUUUUAAAUAAUAAACACGACAUGCUUGGAUGCAAAAAAGAGAAGCAGUAUUUACCUGUUUGUACCAUCCGCCAGGGAAAAUCAGGACGCCGACAGCACCAACUAGCGGGAAAAACACUUGAAAAAACAUGAUUCGAUCCGUUUCUUCUUCGGUAGAUGCUUCAGGUCUUUCCGGUGCACUGCUGUUGAUAUAGCGCCUCUAUAGUGGCGCAACCCUGCAACUGCAGUUAAAAUACGUUGCUGCUGCAUCGGGACAUCAAUCGCUCAAUCAACACAGCUGGAGCUUUACGCUGUGUUGAGCGAAAUCAAUCGCUCUGGCUGGGGGCGGCACAAAAUUAGGUGGAGGCGGCCGCCACGCAAUUUUGAACGCAGGAAAAACCCUGGAGUUGAAUGAAAACAUACUCAGGUGUUGCUUUAUCCAUAAUACUCUGUAAUGUGUCCUCCUUUUUCUAAGACUUAAUCUGAUGGAAUAAGAACUGAAUCCUUAGUGUGGUUUGUAAAAGUGACCCACUUUUCUCUUCCACCAGGUGUGACCACUGUGCUCACUAUGACCACUCUCAGCAUCAGCGCUCGAAACUCGCUGCCCAAAGUUGCUUACGCCACAGCCAUGGACUGGUUCAUUGCAGUGUGCUACGCCUUCGUCUUCUCAGCUCUUAUUGAGUUUGCCACAGUGAACUACUUCACCAAGAGGAGCUGGGCCUGGGAUGGAAAAAAGGCAAUGGAGGCCCAGCAGCCUAAGGUAUUUAUUGUGUGUAUCUUUAUUGUUGUAAAACAUAUAUUGUGGGGACCUAUUAAGGAUGGCUGACUCAUGAUGGGGACAUUGUUGUUGUGAAAGCUUGGCCCCUAAGGUUAAGGGUUUAUUUUGGGGUGAGGACUUGUUUUGUGCCAGACCAUUUGGAGCUUCCUCUUCUGGCUGCCUUCACAAAGCCUGCCUUCUUUAUGUUAACAGAUGGGACAUGACUCUAAUUGUUGAACACAAAUUGGUAGCAAGCUAACUGAAGAAGAAAGCACAACAAUCACUUCCAUUUGAAUAAGCAUUAAAGAUUACCAAGGAGUAUAUCUGCUUAAAAUUCUAAUUCUUAGUUUAAAAUCAGGUGCCAUUUCUGCUCUCUUUUUCACAGGAGUAGAGAGUGUGUCACAGUGUGAUCAAGUAGAGGAAAAUCCAUGAUACACAUGAUUAUAGAGUAAGAGAUGAAUUAGACAAGAUGUAGAAGUUCAUAAUUCGUGGAUCAAUAACUUCUAAGUCCAGUCUGGCUGUGUUGUGGCCCAGAGCCAGUUGAUUAUCACCCAAGGACAUCGAUGUAGAGUCGAAGCAUUCACUGACCGUUUCUUAUUUUUCUGUUUGUGUAUUUGUGUGUGUGUGCCUGUGUUAUAAUUGCCUGUUUUUAUGUCCGAUGAAUGAGCCCCACUUACUUUUUUUGCCUAGAAUUUUGAGCACUCUAAAUCAAUGCCUUUCUUUGUCCCUGCAGAAAAAAGACCCUUUGGCUCUGUCUAAAAAGCCAAACAACACCUGUUCAGCUGGAGUAAAUUACACAGCCAACCUCACCAAGGACGCGUCCAUCUCAACCAUUUCAAACAGCACGUCAGUCCAGCUCAAACCCUCCGAAAGCAAGGCCCCGGAUCCUAAAAAGACUUACAACAGUGUGAGCAAGAUCGACAAGAUGGCCAGGAUAGUGUUCCCGGUGCUGUUUGGGACCUUUAACCUGGUCUACUGGGCCACAUAUCUCAACAGGGAACCAGUGAUCAAAGGAGCUGUGUAAUCUCUGAGACCAUUCACCAUCCUGAUAACCACUACGGGAUUUGAUAACUGGAACGCAAUCAAAUUCAAAGCCAAGCACUUAGUUCUUGUACCAUAGAUGUGUUUUUUUAUGUCAUUGGAUUAGAAAUAUUCUGGUACCAAUUUUCCAUGAUGAUUCUAAUACCUGAAUGUGCAAACUGGACUUGAUUGAGCACCAAUCUGAUACAAGAGGAAACGACACACUAAUCAGCCAAAACAUUGUGACCACUCAAGAAAUCCCAUGCAAGCCAGUAUACCCACUCCACCAUGAAUUCUACUUUGUAAAGCUUUCACACCUUCAGGUUUGUUGGCAGGGUCAGAGGAGUAAUAAUUGUGCAUCAAUUGAAGUCUCACCCCUAAAAGGACAAACCAAGAAUCGCAGGUAUGAAUGAGUUAAUGGGUUACUGUGAGCAGCCACUUGAAAAGAUUCAUUCAGGGCUCUUAAUUAUUACUAUGCUGUGUAAAAUGCCUGAUUCUGAUUGGUAAUAACUGAUUAAUUCUCAACAAGUUCUCUACAAGAAAAAAACGUGCCAAAAACAAGCUGCUCACACACACCAAAUCAAAUCAUUCUGUGUCCAGGUGUCAAGCACAUCUAAGGUCUGCCCGUAAACAAAAAUGUCAGUUCAACCAUCUCUGAUAGGGAAAAGAGGAGCAACAUCCUGUCCUGCAAUCUGUGCAACAGCGGCAGUUCUGAUGAAAACCUCUCUGAGUUGUUGAUGGCUGCGAAGUGACUGAAACCAUAAGCUGUGCAAUAAUGUUGAAAGUAUUGACGAUGAUGUUAGCCUUUUUUAAAAUCAAUGGUGUGUUGACUGCUAGGCUGUGUGAGGAGAGAAAAGCCAAUACGGAUAUUCUUGCAGAAGUCCUGCUCAUGUUGUCUAACCAAUGGAAAUGUUAAGUUUAGGGUUUAGGGUGAGCUGUAAUAAAUUUAUGUCAGGGUGCUGUUGAGAUUCUUAUUUGCAUAAUCACCUCUUCCCUAUAUGUGACCUCUUUUGUAUGAGGUUGGUGCUCAGGCUGGUGUACUUGUAAAUACAUAGAUGAGUAUUCAGAUGGUGUCAAAGGCAUUUUCAGACACUGGUACCAGUUCUGAAUGAACUCCACAUCGAGUAUCAUUGCAUGUCCAUUGCUUCAGGAAACUGUUGCCAUGUUUGCCUUGAGUUUGUACAGUUUGUAUGAUAUGACUUCUACUUAAGAACUGUUUCAUUUUAAAACCACAAUCACAACUUACUUUUGUGUCAUCCUCAGAUAUAUAAACUUUUUGGCAUUUGGCAUUUAUAGUUUCUCUUUAAGUCUUCAGACGAUGAUGGUACAGCAAGGCCAAAUGCUAUGCAAAAUUACAUGUUUAUUGUGUUAACCUGAAAGCAGCUUUUACCUUUUUAACUUAUACUUUGUACAAAUGAGCUGACGGUCCAGGGAUGUGAGUCUGGGCCCAGGCACAUGGGACUUUGCUUCCUUGUUAAAAGCAGAUGAAUAGCCAUGCUAAAUGUGUUGCCUUCAGAGUGUGAGAGCUUGUUAUGAAUGCACUGAUAUCGCCUGCAGUUGUUUUCUCAGAAUUUUGGAAGCUAGUUUCACAACUUUAAUUUAACCAGUAUGUCUCUUUCUUCAUUUCUUUGCAACUUAAUCUGAAUGUUAACAACCAGUUUUACAUGAAUGUUUUUCUUAAUAUGUAGAUGAGAAACAGGAAUGGACUGAGAGUGGCAGCUUCUGUUUUCAGGUCACCAUUCUGAGAAUCUUGUAUGUACUGACUGUAAUUUAACAAAUAUGUAUAUAGGCCCUGCUUUUAGAAACGCACCACUAAGCCAGUAAGGUUAGCUUCUAUGUUAUGCAUUUACAGCAACAGUGUUACUCUAGUCUCGUGCUUCAUUGACUGGAUGUUGAGAAUCAAGCAGAAUAGCUUCAGCUUUAGCAAUUUUGACAGAAUAUGUAAUGCUUUUUUAACACAUUGAAAACAUCUGUUCUUUCUAUGAGCUUUUAUGAAACUUGCUAAUGUUAUAAGAUAAAUGUUUCAGUGCUUUGAGCAGGUUCACUUUUUGUCAUGAUUUAAAACAGUUCAGAGAUUACUAAGAGUUACUAAGUAAAAGAAAGACAGAAAGUCAGAACUCAAAGGGAAACAAAUUCUACAACUUCUAUACUUUGGACUCCAAAUAAAAACACAAGACCAGAUAUGAAAAAUGCUUCAUCUUAAGGUACCUAGCCCACCUGCUAAAUUAGCUCAUAUCUGCAGAGUCCUUAUCACAACGGUCCAGGUUAGUGACUGUUUCUUAUUUUAAAAAAGGGCAAAAAGGUCCCAAGAAAACACUCAAACAUUGCCAUUAAAUGGCAGAGUGUACGUUAAAGGAACAGUUUGACAUUUUAAAGGUUAAUAAUUUUUCAAUAUUUUAACAAGUCUUCAAUAAUAAGACUGGAACCAUAAAUAUCUUAAAGUUAAAUAUGGAACUAAAGCCAGACAUCUCUUAGCUUAGCUAAGCAUAAAAGAAACUGUAAACAGGUUUCUAAUGGCUUUCACAGGGGUACCGGUUAGGCUCAGUGAAGGUUGCAUGUCUCAUGUACAAAGGCAAACGUCCACAAACAGGAUUUCAACCUGUAGCCUUUUUUUCUUGCAUGUCACUACCCACUCUCAACUUGUUACCUGCUCUGUCCACUGUCCUUUCAUCCGAGAAUAAAGGAAUAUUUACAAGUUAUUACUAUGAAAAAUAAAAACAAGAAAUGGCUGCCACCACUCACAGUUAAUGCCAUCAAAUCCUGAAUAUAUGGAAGUCAUAACAGUGUAUCAUGAGAGUAUUUCAAUUGUCACUUCCUGCGAAAAUUACCAUGACCCCUUCUGGCUGAAAGCAGUCCAUCAAUAAUUAAUAACAGUAUGUGGGAAUCCUUGGAUUUUUAAUAAUUCAAUAUCAUGGAAUAAGAAAAACAUAAUUUUCUUUGGCUGAUUCAGAAUCAGACUACAAAUCUAAAGGCUUACAAGGCAAACAUAUAAAUCUUUACUUUUUAGAUCAGCAAUCUGCAACACUGGAAGAGACAAAUAAUCAAUUUCAAAGGGUUUCCAUGAGUGUCUUCUUUAUCUUUUGGGCCUAUGCUUUGCUAAGCUAAGCUGAAGAUGGCCUGGCUACAUAUUUUCUACGGAGCCCCAAAAGUCUCUGGGGUUGAUAAUUGUUUUCUUGUGUGCACAAGUUACUAACCUUUGUGGAUGCAGCAGAGGUGAUGUUUUUUGCUUUAUCUACAUGGUAUGCCAGAGGAGACUUUUGAGUGUUAUAUCCUGAUGGCACGGUGUUGCUGUCAAGUAGUUUUUUAGUUAGACCUCACUAAAGUGGAUGGUAAUGGUGCUUCUUUCAGCCUGUACCCACCUUCACAUUUCCUUACUACAGUAUGGUUUUGUUUUUUUUGGAAUUCGCAUUGAAAAUGGACAUUUGCCAUUUUGUGCAACACACUCUUUUGAAGGAAGCUCACUGGAAAAUGUUGACUUCCUUUUUGGCCUUUUUGGCAUGACAGCCAGCCUACUUGAUGUUAUGCAGCAAGUCCUGUCAUUAUAAUAACCUGGACUGGGCUAGCCAAUCAACAGCCUUCAGGCAUUAAGAAUUACAAUAUAAAAGUCAUCGGUCUCGUCACUAAUGGUCUUGUUUGCUGUGGGGUAUCAUGAAAAGGCAUCAGGAUAAAUUUCAGUCAAUUUCAUAAAGGUCAAAAAACUCCCCACAGGAACUUUAAAAGCAAAACUGGAUGAUAACAUCAAAUAAUAACUUGUGUGCACAAGAUAAUAAUUCUCUCCCUCACAGGUGUUCAGGGGUUCCACAAACAGACAUCUUAUUACUCUUUGGCAAAUGGGAAUUCAAUUAGAUCCCCACCAAGUUUAAAUAAAGUCUUUUUCAGACCAAUAAAAGAGUGCACACACUCGCCUCAGCAGAGACAGUUUUCCUGUAAACACCCAUAACAAACAAUUACACCAUUUUGCUGUUUGUCUCUUUGGGUCCAGGGUUAAAUUGAACAUGAAUGUGAUCAUAUGAUGUACGUAUGCCUUCAGUGUGAGCGGACUCUACUGAAUAGGUUAAUGUAAGUUUAUUGAGCACACCACUUGUAUUAUUAUUAUUGCAUUUAAGUAAAUUUUAGGUGCAGAAUGUUCUUUAAAUGCAAAUAUCUGAAGCAAUAAAUAAUGCUCACAUUAUGAAUGACUUCUGUUCUUUUAUUUUGUCUUUUUAUGCAGCAGCUCUGAUCCUUAAGUCUUUUUCUAUGUAUGAUUCAUUUUAGCUCUGUUCCUCUCUCUUUAGACACACAGUGAUCUCUCUCUCUCUUUUCUUUUGGUUAAAGACCUGUGCAGGUGGCUGAUGUGAGGGUCUGAUUCAGACCUGAACUUUUUUCCUGGAUAGUUAUGCAUUCAUGAUUACAAAUAAAGCUUCACUGACUCAA